UUUGAGAGCCGUGUGAUGGGUGACUAUCUAGCACGGUUCAGAGAGCACGUGUAUGUAGUCUGCGCUGGUGAAUGGAAGCCCCCGCCGCAAAAAAGAAGCGGCUUUUCCCACGGCUCUGUCACCAUUGACUCUAUUUAUUAUUAUGGUAAAUCAUUGUAUCAAGAUGUCAAUCUUAGAUCUUAUUUCAGUUCGAUACGUCCACCUACGAGACUCACCUUUGGCUUUCGUCUCGGUAGGUGUAUUAUUCUACAUUUUCCCAAAAGGACAUUCAUUCAUUUCUUUCUUCCCCGUCGACCACUACGACUAAAACGACGCGACAAAUCAAGACCCGGAAAGGAUAAGGGCCGGUGGUGGGCAUUUGGGAAAGUCGGGCCGAUCGGGUGUCUUCAUUCAAGCGAGGGUACAGAGGAAGAACGAAACGAAGUGAGAGGCCGGGGGGCAGGGAAAAGAGUCGAGUCGAUCGACCGGGAGAAGCAAAACGAAAUCAGGAUUUGGCCGAAAAAGAUGCAACGUUAUGGAUACCAUGACCGAUCACCAUCGAGAAAGAAGAAUUUUUCUAAAUCACUUCGGGUGAGCGGGGCCUUCAAGCAUCCGAAAUACGCCGGGGUUGUAAAUGACAUAGCCUUCCUGAUAGAAAAUGACGACUCCUUCAUAAAAACAAAGUUAUUCAAGUUCUUUUUUUUACCAAAGAAGUCCCGCUCUGACGGCCCGACGAGUCAUCUACUAAAAAGGACCCUCCCCGCUGUGCGCCCCUCCUUGAAUUAUUCGGUCAUGCAAUACUUUUUUAAUACAAAGAACAAAAUGCAUUUCGACCCCGUCGUAGUUCUCAAUCAUUUCGUGGCACCGGGUGUGGCUGAACCAUCUACGAUGGGGGGAGCGAAGGGAGGAAGCUUAGAUAAGAGAAUACGCUCUCGCAUCGCUUUUUUUGUAGAAAGCUCGACCAGCGAUAAAAAGUGUUUGGCCCGAGCCAAAAAGAGGUUGAUCCACUUCAUUCGCCAAGCGAAUGAUCUUCGCUUCGCGGGAACAACAAAAACCACCAUCUCGCUCUUUCCUUUCUUCGGUGCUACCUUUUUUUUUUCAAGGGAUGGGGUUGGGGUGUAUAAUAACCCAUUUUAUGAGUAUGCCCGGGAACAACUCCUAGGUCAAUUAAGGAUCAAAUGUAGGAACCUCAUGGGUAAGGAUAAGGUAAUGGAAUUGAUAGAGAAAUUCAUAGACCUAGGUAGGAUAGGCAAAUUGAUAAAGGGAAUAGAGAUGAUGAUAGAGAUCAUACUGAGAAAGAGGAGAAUUCCGUACGGGUACAACUCUUAUUUGAACGAAGUGCAAAAAAUGCGAUCUUUUUUGUCUAAUAGAACAAACACUAAUACCUUAAUUGAGUCGGUAAAGAUCAAAUCAGUUUAUCAAAGUGCUUCUCUGAUUGCUCAAGACAUCUCUUUUCAACUGAGGAACAAUCCAAUCUCAUUUCGUUCCAUUUUUAGUAAAAUAGUUAAGGAUAUUCCAUUAAUAAUGCCAAAAGGGGUGGAGGGGAUACGUAUUUGUUGUUCUGGUCGAUUAGGGGGUGCGGAAAUAGCUAGAACUGAAUGCGGAAAGUAUGGAAAAACAUCUUGUAAUGUAUUUAACCAGAAAAUCGAUUAUGCUCCUGCGGAAGUAUCUACUCGUGACGGAAUUUCAGGUGUCAAAGUGCGGAUCUCAUAUAGUCAAAAUAAGAAGGGACGUGCUAUAUCCGAAACGUACGAAAUAUAGUAAAUAUAGUAAAUGCAGAUGUAGUAGGGGUCGCGAACCGGAUGGUACACAACUUGGUUUUGGAAGAUAUGGCACCAAAAGUAGUAGAGCUGGUCGUCUUUCAUAUCGAGCCAUUGAAGCAGCGCGUCGGGCUACAAUCGGACAAUUCCGUCGUGCUAUGAGCGGACAAUUCCGAAGAAAUUGUAAGAUAUGGGUAAGAGUUCUCGCAGAUCUUCCUAUUACGGGGAAACCCGCAGAAGUUCGAAUGGGAAGAGGAAAAGGAAAUCCUACGGGUUGGAUUGCUCGUGUGUCCACGGGACAAAUCCCAUUUGAAAUGGAUGGUGUGAGUUUGUCAAAUGCUCGACAAGCCGCUAGAUUAGCGGCGCAUAAACCAUGUUCGUCAACCAAGUUUGUUCAGUGGUCGUAACGUAAUUGGUUAGUGGGGAAAAACCGGGCCGGGACUCAAAAUAAUUUUACGAAGUGUUUGUUCCGGAAGUGGAAAGACAAAGAGGGAUAGGGAGCUCGCCUCCUUCUUUUUUGUAAUCGCCGAAAUGGAAAUUGUACGACGACCCUUCUUGUUCCAGGCAUACGACCCUGAGACGUGACGGUGUCACUUUUCCGGCCCGGUAAAGUGACAGUUAUAUAAAAAAGAAUAAGAAAGAGAAGCGUGAUGUUGUCAGCAAUCAAAUUAUCGUAAAUAGAUAGUAUAGUACGGUUGCGUUGUUUCAAUUUCUGUUCGUCGGUCCUUGGGUUACGAAGAAGAAGAUGCACAAAGACUCCCAUGUCUUUCUUUUGGUUGGAAAACCCAACCUGCGAUUUCAGAUAAGUCUUUCUGCUUAGAGCAAAGCAAGAAGCGGAGCUACAAUCAUGCUUUCUUAAGUAUGGAGAACAAUAUUUUACUUAGUUCAUUUGAAACGUCAGUACUACUCUGUGCUAUUUGUACUAUUAUUUUAGUAGGCACGGCCACGUGCAGAAGAUUAAGGGGGGAACAGACCUCACUUGGUAAACGACCGAGGGAAGAUGAAAUUCUUGACUUACCCCAAAAGCGAAUUUGGAAACGGGGGAGUCAUCAUCCUCCGGUCAACCCGGAAGCCCCACAAAUCGAGGGGGUCCCGGAAGCCCCUCAACUAGAGGCGGGGACUCCAGUGGCUUCCCCCGUCCAAGUAGAAGAAGUGAAGCAAGAAGGACACCAGAAAUGCAGGGACAUAAUUGGAAUUCAAGAUGAAUCACGGUAAACACUUGUAGAUCUUUCAGCUACACCAUAUGACCUAAAGUGAGAAUAACUAUUCGUUCUGGUAUCACCCCUCUAAGCACCUCUUAAUGAUCCUAAUUACCUAAAAAGAGAAAAGACUGGGACCGUCUCAACUGUAGCAGGGGUAAUGUGCCCAAGAGCUCCUAUCCUAGGCUUUCCCAGGCACCUAACCUAGCCUUGACAUAGCAUUCCUGUCUACACCUCUAGGCUACGAGCAAAUAGUAUUUCUAAUACAUAAAUUAGAGUGCUUUGUUGGCUGAAAGACUAUGGAAUUAGAGAAAGAAACAGUCUCCCACUGGCAAUUCUUCACAAGUUCGAAACUUAACACGAACCCUUGAUCGCUGUAGCUGAAGUGGUAAAACAAGAAAAAUUGGUUCUUUUAGCCUUUCCUUCCCUAUUUGACUUUCCUUAUUCUAAAUGGGAAUCUUUCUUUGAAGAAAUAAGAAAGGACUACUUGGAAAGUGACACAGACACUGGUACAUCAGGAAAACCUUUAGAACUCACCGUUCAACUUGAUCUUCGCAGGAAAAAGCUUCUUCUCUAUUAGGACCUAAUAGCAAUAAAUAGACCAGCCAGGCGAGUGAGAAAGGAGGAAACAUUACUCUCUUUCUGCAAAGUCCGAGUCCCAUUUGAUGAGCCAAAAGAACCAUCUCUAUCUCUUCUUAUAUUCCAGAGAUUACUCGCUCACCUACAAUGCUUUGGGCCCAGUCUUCUCUAUGCAUGGAUGGCUUUGAAAGAAAGAUAACUAGAAUCAAUCUCUUCUCCUAGGAAAAGAAUCGGAUUUCUUCGAAGAGCUGCGAACUUGACCAGAAGAAAGGUCAGUGUAGAGAAGCUCGGUCAGUGAUAGUCUUCCCCCGACCGUAUUCUGACUAGAAAAUCUGGCUUCUAUUACAAUUACAAGUUCCGUUCCUAAUGAAACUACUCAAAUAAAAAAGUACGUGUACAAUACAGAAUUGUUAUAUGGGAAGUUUACUAUUGGAUAUAACAUGAGAAGAGCAAGCGGAGAACCUGUGCCCUUUAUCAUAGGUCAUGCUAUUUCUCUUUGGAAGAUUCAAGUGGGAAUGCUGCGCCCAACAUGGAUGUCUAUGCUAUUAUUGAGAAAAAAUGAAUCAAAAAAGCAGCAGAAUACGAGAAGGAUUUAUUUUCUGAAAGGGUGUAUACAUUAGAGUGUACCUGCUUGGUAGGCAUGAAAUCACUGACAAAGAGUUGCCUAGCUCCGAUGAAAUUGCAAGCAUAAUUUGGAAUUUAAUAGAAGCGGGCAUAGCUAGGGGUGAACCACGAGAAGUUAGAGCAAGAGCUCCGGGUAGGUAUCGUAAACAUCCUGAGUGUAUCACGGCAUUGAAGCAGAAGAAACAGAAAUGUUUUCCUUUCAUUGUAGCCGAUAUAGAGACUGUUAUACUAAAUAAUGUGCUUGUACCUUAUGCUGCGGGGCUCUUAGUGGUGAAUCCGGGGGAUGAUGUGGCUGCCAUGGAUGAUCAAAUAGACACAUAUUUUUUUGAAGAUUACAAUUUGAUAAUACCUUCCCUUGAAGAAAGGAGUACUAAAAUGUUGGUAGAUUUUAUAGAGCGUAUAGCCAAACUGGGAUCUACUCACAAGGGCGUGAAAACAGUUUACUUUUCGAAUCUAAUUUCUCGAUCCGAUCGACUUAAUGAAGUUUUUAGCCAGUCAUAUGGUCGAGUACACCAUCAAACCGCUGAUGAGGAACAAGAAGCUUUACCAGUUAUCAAUUUAUAGGAAAAAAAGGGGGAAUAAGAAAUUGGUGUUCCAUCUACGAGAUUCAUACACUCAACUCCCUAAUAGUCUAGAAACAUUGGCUAAGACUUUAUGUCCGCACUUAGGUUCAAAAGGCUCAAUAGCACAUGACGAAGUUCAAGUGUCUUCUCUUCAGGAGAAUAGAGCCCAAUUGUUGGAUUAUAUGGAGCUGGAUAUCAGUCUUUUAGGUGAUGUGAUGCUUCGGGCUAAAUCAAUUUAUUGGACUAGAUACAAUGUGGAUAUCGGGGUAUGUUUGACAUUGUCAUCGCUAGCUAAAAAAAUAUAUCGAAUGAAGUAUUUGCAAAAUAUGAAUGAAAAUGAGAUUCACGAAGGGAUUUGUGGCAGCCAUCAAGGAGCCAGAACCUUAGCUAAGCGAGUCCUACGAGAUGGGUUUUAUUGGCUGGCCUACUUUGCGAGCAGAAGCGUAAUAUUUAGUGAGUCUCAGUUUGAAAAGUGCCAGUACCACAGUCGUAUGACUCACAGACCUCCGACAACCUUGACGAGUAUAGUGACCUGACCCCAUGGCCGUUGCUUUUGAACCUGGGGAGUUUGCUUUUGUACUUAAGCAAGGGAAUUUGAUGAAAGUGAUUGAGCUGACCUACUAUCUAUAGUAAGACAUGCCCUUUCCACAGGAGUGGAGGAGCUCCCACGUGAUGGUGUAGUGUGAGGCUGUUUGGAGACCCCUCUGGAACUUGACCCUAGCUCCAUUUCUUUUCCUCUUAAUAGCAAGAUUUUCUUUGUCGUAAGACGGUCGAUAUGGGUCUUUCCAUUGCAUCCACACCUCACUGGCAUAAGCUUAUUAAAUGGUUAAGGGUGAAGAUCGGGCAUGGCAAGGACUGGGCCGUAUACAUAGGUUCUUUGAGCUGCUGUAAAGCUUCUUACGAGUUCUUUUGAAACAGUUCGGUAAGCGGGCUUGCUGAUCUACCCAUACCCAGGCGCUUCUGAACCGAUAAUAUCUUAGCCUGAACUCCUUCAUUUAGUAGCCGAACAUUUCACAUUGCCUAUAUCUUCUGCCGGGUCUGGACACCCUCUGAGGCGCGAAGCGGUGAGCUCAGCUCUGAGACUUGCGCCUUUCUAGCUAAUAAAACCUCUUCGACCAAUCCCCACAUUAGAACUCCGCGUUGUGGAACUACGACAUAUGUCCCUCCCGCGUAUUCCCUAAUAGUGCUUCUCGGAAGGCCGUCUUAACUCGGAUUGUCCGUCCUUUGAGAGUAUUCCCAAUUAGGUUAGGGAUUUUUAUUGGUUGGUGAGGUAUUUUUAUCAUUCCCUUCGUAUUGCAGGAAGUAUGCUAUUACCAAUGUGUUGCUUGUACUGGAGAAAAAACCCUCAGAUCAGUUGGAUUUUUUAGAGUCACGCGUUAGGGUAGGAGUCUUUGAUCAUCUCUGAAUCAAGUAUAUAUUUUGGAAUGAAAAGAGGAUUUUCCUAGUAGAAAUCCCUUAUAUAGAGUAAGUAUAAUAUAUUAGUAGAUCGCCAUUCUUUCUAUCUAUAUCAUUUGGAGAAACUCAAGACUUUGUGAACUGGAUGACUACAGCCCCGGGGUUCCCUCACUCAAAACUCUACCAAGUGAGCUGAAUUGAGAUACUCUAUAUAGAUUUCGAAUGAGCUAAUCCGUAUAGUGAACUCAACGCCUAGUUCACUUCACUCUUUCGCUUACCAGAUGUGAACCAAGCUUCUUUUCUUUCUCCCAUAGUUCUACUAUCAGUGUUUUGCUUUGUUCUUCAAUCCAUUGAUUUCUUCUAGUUAUUAGUACAAGUAGGGCGUCUUACUUUGCUUUUCUUUCCAAGCAAGCGGACCACCUAUUCAAAGAGAUCUGACUUCUCCUACUACUACUUCUUCCUAGGUAAGCAAUUCCACUACUUCUCAAAAGCCUGACGCUCCGCGCCUCGUGCCUUUCUUCAAUCAACUCGUAGGCUCCUCGCUUGACUAUAUUUUAUUAGUGCAUAUAUUUCUAUUUUCGUAGUGAUUCAUUGCGACUCGUCCCGUUUCAUUAAGGUCAUUGGAAGGCUGCCGGAGUAGCAAACUUCUCUCAAACCAGCCCCCAGCCAGAAUUUUGAUUUACCUUAUCGCUAGUGCAAACCCAAAAUACAAUACGAUCUCAUGUACUCUUAGAAAAAUUAUAUGGUUGCAAAUAGACAACAGCUAGACUAGUGGUAGUAGUAGCAAAAGUAAUGGGUUGCUUUGAAUGAAGAAAAUAAUACGAAGCUAGGCCUCGGGAGAUGGGAGUUAUUAAGAAGAGAACGGAUGACACAAUCACCACCACUGGCUUUACCCAAAUCCCCCCCUUUGCCCUCGAGAACCACUACAAGAAUACCGCAUCUUAUGAAAAAAAAAAGAAGAUAAUUACCCACACCCCAAUCAUGAUUGAAUCGUUUCAUCAUAUCAUGAAAACAAGAAUUAAUGAUUCUCCUUCUAGGCUGAUCCCUACAAUGGCUUACCAUUACUGUGUCUUCUUUCUCUCUCUAUGGAGCACUGUUACUCUAUUAUCUUCAGAAAGGAUAGUAGAUGGAACAAGAGACUCUCGAAGAAUUUGCUAUCGAGCUCUAAGUUGAACGAUAAGUAACGAUGGGUAAAGCAAGGUAUGCAUGGGCUAGACUAAGAGAUGUAAAAGGAUUACGAGGGUUUGCUUGAGAAGGUUCUAAUAGGGGAUCGGGAUUCAGGCCCAGAAAACAAACCACUGACCGACCAGACCAAUUCAAGAAAAGAAGGACUCUUGAAUUCAAAGCAGGAUGUGGAAGCUGAAGGAAGGCCCAAUUCAUCACAGAGCAAGCUUCACCUUCUGUUUUUUCUUCAACCGAAGCACUCUGGCAUAAACGUUUGUUUAGGCCAUCCCUCCAACAAAGUCAUCAGUCAUCUGUUCUAUGAGAGGAGAAUCCCAGUCAAGCCAGAUGAUCAGCAAAGUUGUUCAGCUUGCUGUCAGGCCAAGGCACACCGGAUCCAGAGACCUAAUCUACGAUAGAAUCACUCUAGGGUUUGAUCCUCAUAAAUACACAUCGAUUCACUCAUAUCACUAUGAACGCGCGCAUAGGAAAAGGGAGAGGACAGAGCUCUCCAUUCCUUCUUUGAGAGAAGAGAUUGUUGAGAAAUCCACUGUGAGAAGGCAGGGACAGGCUAACUGGUUGGUCAAGGGCUACGACUCAGCUUAAGAAAGCAGCACACUGGACCUACAUGCGGGCCAUCUGAGAAAGAAGAAGACGCAUCUGAAAAUACGAAAUACCAAAAAGAAAGUAACUAAGAAAAGCAGUCCGCACUCCCAUCCCAGAAGCAAGUCCGAUCGGAAUUCCUACUCCUGCGUAUUGCCUCUCGCAAAGUACGAGUUUAGUCCAAGAGAUGAGGGUUCUUCCUUUCUGCCACUCCGUCCAAACCACUCACACGCUUCUUCGCUGUACUCUCUAUACUCCUGCCCCUGGUCUUUAUGCAUUAGUUUCUUCGAACCUUCUCUUUAUUCUGGGUGAAGUAGCUCUCUGGAGUACUAAUAAGGGGCUGGCUUUCCUAAGAGUUAUUUAUAAGUCAAAGUUUAAAUUAUAAGGUAAAGUAAAAGUUGUAGUCACUCUUGUGCUUGCAGACUCUUGACAAAGGUUUCUUUCCAUUGACUAGUGAGAUGACAGGGCGGGAAAUCCAGGUAGGUGAAUCACUGAAAGGAAGAUUUCUAUCACUACAAUGAAAUUUGUAAGCCCAUCUUAUUAGCUUAUGUCAUUCUUCCAAGUAAUAAGCCAGCUUUUAACGCCUAAAGUAUACCUUGAGUCUUUUUACCUAUGGGCAAGCAAGCCCUUUUUCCAUACAAAACUCAUGUUCCGUAGGACAGAAAGAAACUGACGGGAAAUACAGCACGGAUUAUAGGGAGUUAUACUGCUAUUUCUAUUCAGCCGUAGACCUUAAAUCUGAAUUGGAACCCUUAAGAGCCCCUUUUUUCAGUCUCAACUCACCCACAUCGCCAAUGGAGGAGAAGUGCUUGUGGGUGGCCAAUCCCUGGCAUGCAUUUCCACGAAAUGGAAUAGAAUGCUUAAUAGGCAGGCCCCUCCUUUCAUGUUAACAUACGUCUAAGAUUUUAAGUUCGAAUCGUUGGUGCAUAGAUUUGUAUCGCAUUUGCUAGUUAGUCUUAUGUUACCUGACCUGACAGAGCUCAGUGGCUUGCUUUAGAGAGUAGAGGAUCGCUUAAAAUAUUGCAUUUCCGCAUAGAUGGACUCAUGGGUAAUCCAAUCCCCUGACAGAAGCGGCUUCUUCUCCUUGUCAAUGACUUUAUACACCCAUUCUCACCCGUGCUUGCUGGUGAAGCUACCCUUAUGGAAUAAGUUGACAGGAAUGAUACGUGCACGCCUAACAGUAGUCGAUUCUAAUCAUUGUCUUGUACCCAACAUGCAUGAAGAAAGAGUUUAAUAGCAUUUAAAUAGUUGUACAAACACUUCGUGCCUGUGGCCUCUGGAAGCAGAUCUACGAGACGGAAAUGAAAUGAUUGAGAGAGAGAAGCCCUAGUAAUUCAAUGUGACCAGCCAGCACCUAUUGGUUGGGAUUACUCAAGGUAUACCAAAAAGGUUGAGUGUCUCCUCGCCAUUCAUUUUGGAAUGCCAUCUAGGCGAGCAAUAGUUCUCCGUUUCCUUCGUAAUAUUUGGCCGAACCCUGAAAGAAAUAUAUAGGGCCCAAAAUCAUAAGAUUCUCUGGAAUCUCCACUGUUGCCUGACCCGAGCAAGUAGUAAGCAACUGUAGCGAGCACUGACUAGUUUCAGAGAGUCACUGCUUUUCUUCCUUGGAUUGGAAUACGCGUUCCAACUUACUGAGCUACUGGACAAAGAGGAGUAUAUACCCGGUCCAGGAAAGCUAGGGAUAGUUGUUGAUGCAAGGGAAAAACAAAAUAGCACAUCUGUUUGCUUGGCUGUCCCAACAAAUUACCUGCUCUUGACUGAGCUGACUGUUCGUUUCACUAGUCCUGUAGCAACUGAGCCACCAGCCCAUUUCGCUCCAACUUUCCUUGGUGCAUAUCAAGCUGUCCCUAGGCAUUCCACUGUCUCGCCUGCCUUGGAACCUGCUUAACUAACUACUGCUGAGCCAACUAGUGCCUUCCUUAUCACCAGAAAAAGCUACUUGUUAUAGUCGUUCAUGUAGCACUGUGCUACCAUUCCUUUCUACCCAACUAAACUAGUCAUUUACUCAACACACCGGUUCAAUAUAAAAAUCCCGAUGAGUAAGUUAAUUCACUGGGUCCACUAAGUCUUUCAAUGAACUCGCAUAAAUAAACUAUUCGAAGAACUCAGUCCAGUCCAAUAAGUAGAUUAACUUGAAAGUAAAAGAACUCCAACCUGGAAGUACACGCAUCAAGUAAGUAGCAGCAGCUGAAUGACCUGGAACCCGCAUCAAAGCCAGCCAGGUACGAGAUUCACUCUCCCGAGCCUCCUCUUUAUUCAGAAAUGAAACCAAGCCAUCUGAUCUAACCUUAGGAAGGCGGUAUGGAUUGACUAUAACUAACCAAAGCCAGUGAGUGGGAUCUCAUUGGUAGCCUAGCCUGGGAUAAGCAAGGAGCGCGCAUCACAAUCCAUAUGAGGGUGGAGUCGUUGGUUCGAACCCAACUUGUAUAUUCUAUAUAUAUAGGAAAGAGGAAUCUCUAGAAAGAAAAAGAAGUCUCUUAGUAGAGAAGAUAGAGAUUUUCUCUAUUGAUGUGAGCCUAUAUAGUUGAAGAGAUUGAAGGCUACCCACAAAUCUCAUAUAUAGACGAGUGGAAUUCACAAAGUCACUUCGCUUCACUUUACUUCAAAGUCUAUUGAUCGAAGUAAUGCGGUUCACAUCCUCAUCUUCGGGUUGGUUGCAUAUUUUUUUCCUGUGUCCACCAGGAGUUCUCGCUACCCUUGGUGUGUGUCUUGGUGGCAAAGAAUGCAUUCAUAUAGUUGAUGUCUUUUUGGGGAGAGGUGAGAUCCCUGUUUUUUUGUAGGCUUGGUCUGAGUGAGUCUGAGUUUGAAGAGUAAGCACUCUCACUUUCAAAUAAGAAAUAAGCCAAGCACAGUUGGAAAUUCUCAAUCUCUUUCUGCACUUUCACACAACAUAAAAUUGUGAAAAACGCUGAAGAAACAAUGCACUCCACUUAUGCUGAUUCAAACAUGCUAACAAGAAAGCAAACCCGAAGCGAGGUGAAAUAGGAUAGGGAGUUGGAGCUUUCAUCAACCCGGAACGAUAGUGGAGGAGAGCCCGGAUCCAGAGUUUGAUGGAAGGAGGAAAGGGUGAAUUCAACCGGUCUUUUAAUGCCAUCGUUCCUAAAUGUUAAUCCUCAUGCUGUCUACGAUCUGCUCAGAGUUGAAUUCAAGAGAUAGGAAUAUAAGACAAAGUUUAGAUUGACCGAUCUUGUAGAUAGAUUGGAUAAGAAGAUCCAACAAGCUCGCCAUGAGCAAUUAGUUCUCAAACUAGCCACCGCCUACGAGGGGUAUGUGUUAUACUCCCCCUCCUGACUUGAGCUGUUAUAAGAAAGGGACAGGAUCUUGCUCCAUAAGUAUGAGGAGAGUCGGUACAGUAGGCUCAUACACCAAUGCUUUUUCCCUACAACCGGAUCCUAGAGGAAAACCUAAUGCACAAUAGGUAGCUCUUAACUUCGUCUGGUUAUGCCCAUAAGUCAUCAUGAAUGCGAUAAUGCCCAAGAGUUCACGUAAAAAACUAGGCUCUAAGGUUAGGAUAAGAGCACUCUAAUCUAGUCUAGGUAGAUGAGGGAGAUCCACCUAAGCCCACCGUCUAUAAAGAAGCACACGAUCUAAUCUAGUCUUAUUGUUAGUCUCUCUAUAAAGAUGAUCCAUCACCUAAAGGGCGGACUCUGGACAGAAACUGAGGAUUUGCUAUAGGAAAGACCCUACCCUAUAAGUUAAGACAAUAUGCUACAUUCUAUGAUAUCCUAUUCAAUCCCCCGGUUAGCAUGCGAUGCUCGUCGUGCUAAUAAAUCCUCUCUUCUUAAAGCCCAACCCAAGUAGGACAAAGAAAUGCAAGUAAAUACCCUCGAUUCAUUCCUUUUAUGCGAGUGGGAAAGCUAGCUAGAAAUCAAUGACAAGGAGUAGAGCCUAGAGCAAAAGGGCCAGGCGUCAGGUUAGUUAAAGCAAGAAAGUCAAUGCUGGUGCUCGCUUAUUCAAUCCUUUUUUCUCUCCUCCUUUGUGCUAAUCACUAGUGCUAAGAACUAGGUCAAAAGGAAAGUCAGCCCUUAAUACGGAGUUUUCUACUUGUUCUUACUUGUGUUAGUGAAGCCUGAUAGUUCAACUUGCCUGUCCAAAGUCAAUCUAUGAAAAGUCUUCCUUAUAGGCGCACCCAGCUGUAAGAGAGUAGAAGCAAUCGGAGUAAAUAAAUCCCAUAGUGAAAUGAGCGUUAGAUGUUGACUAGACAAAACUAGCUAAUACAUGUAGUAGGGUAACUUUGCCUUUUUUCUCGGUUAUGUGAAAAGGUAGAAAACUCGCUACACUUUAUAGGAAAUGAACUACUCUUAAUGCAAGCUAGUCAAGCUGGAUGAGUUGUUAGGAAUGGCUCAACCCAGGCAGCGCUAACCCUGUCUUUCCCAAAAAGUAUCGUCUUUCCCUAGGGAGGACAAAGAUUAACCAAUAGUAGUCCCGAGGAUUGUAUGAGCAAGGUCCGAACUGUUUCUAUUAGUAGCAACAUGAGGAGCCCCGAAGGGAGAAUAAGAAAGAUUAACCGACGCCGCGUUUUCAGAAGAAGCAAUUGGAUAAGAAUCAUACGCUGUGAAUGAGCAGACGAAUCGACCGAGGGCUUACACACAAGAACAGAACCUAACUCUACUUCUUUUUCCUCCUCUCCUCUUUACUGCCCCCGCUAUCAACAGGUCAGUAAAUAAAUAUAUGUAGUGGAGAAAGAAGAGUAGCCCCCCAGGUCAUCAAUUAGUAAUAGAAUAAUCCCAUCCCAGUAGUAGUCCUCUUGCCAACAAGAUUUGAUCUACUUAGACUAACGGAAACCAUGGCCUAGUUCCUCGAGUAGUUACUCGUUCUAAACUAAAUACGUUCGUAGCAGUAGCUGAAGAAGAAAGAGAUCACUAGAAUUCCCAAGGAAAUCUACAUUACUUGGCCGAGGAAGAACUAGAGUUGGCAAGGUUGACCUCAGCUCUGAGAAAUAAGAAAUCCGGCACCUAUUGAUUGAGCUCCAUCUAACAUAUCGAUAUCGAGACAUUUUCACGCUUUUGAUUUCUUUGCUGCUCUUUCCUCUAUUGCGGCGCAUGGAUAGGAUAGGCGGCUAGGAAUAAGUGAUUUUAAACCUGAGGCAGAAGACGAAGCUACCGACUCCAAUGUUGAUGCACAUUAACUAGGAGUUUUUGAGAUCAAGCAAUCAAUCCUCGCCUCGAACUGGUAUAAAGGAAGAAGCUGGUGGUGCAGGUUUGUAUCAAGUCAGAUGUAGAAUAUUUACUUUACAUAAAUGGGUUGCCCAAGGGAUACGAUUUCCGGAGUUCAGGAAUAAAAACUAGUUCGAUUCAAGGAAGAAGUUAGAAGCGGGUGGAAAAGAAUCCCGUGCCGGUUUACGUUCGCAUACAGUCGCAGGUGCGGAAGAAGUAGAAGCAAGGUCAAUUCCAGGCAGAACGUCAUUCGAUGCUAUUUCGAUUCAAGCAGAACUAGACCCGGCCACAAUAGUAGUUGAAGUAUUAGCACUCAGAAAAAUCAUAAGUAGAAUCGGGCAUGAAGAAAUGCUUUGGUUGAACCAGGCCUAUUAGCAUAUGCAUUAGCAGAUCUUCUCACUCUAGCGAUUUCAAGCGGACCCAUCUCCCUUGCAAAGCGUUAGCGCUAGCCAGGUCAAUAUCAAUAGUUCAUCUCUAUUGGUCUUACUUCACCCAGCUUCCAUAUCCAACUCAGACGUAGCUGCCUUCUGGCACUUUUUGAACUAUAUCCCAUGACUUGACCUUGCCCGAAGUCAACAAUCAAAGGUCAGAAUGAAACCGUAUCCACCCACACAAGAAACUUGCCCUGAAACUUAAACCGGCAGAACCGACUAUGGUUAGAGCUGGAUCUUGAUCUUCCUCGAGAAAAGCACUGAUCAAACCUGGAAUGCCUUACUAGCAGGAAUGAAAAGGUAUGUAUGAACCAACAAAGGUCAAGUUUAUAUAUAUUAGACAAGAUUUAACCUUCCUUCACCGUGGCUUACUUGGAUGGGAAAGUCGUAGAUACGCGUUCUAUUCUAGUCUAGAAUAGGAUCCAUGUAUAAACCAACAGUCCUAGAUGGACACGAAAAGUAAGGUGAUGAACGAACUUCAGAAUACAAUAAACAGAAUCAAAACAAGCAAGAGAACUCUUAAAAGAAAGAAAUCUACUGCUCUAUCAUUGACAGAUAUCUUUUAGUCUAUAGCCCGCCCUACCUAGGGGGAACUCACACUCGCUAGAAGGCAAAAGCACUUGAAACAGUAGUGAGGUAAGAAAUAAAACUACUCGCUUAUUCUCAAUAUGCCUGCUCUUCGAAUUCAAAACUCCUCAGCUAUACCCCUUUCUACAUAUGUAUAUAUGAAAAAGACAGCAGCUAUACAAAGCUUUAUCUCGCCACUUGAUAACUCGUUUGCUUCUGGCUUGGCUGUCUUACUGGAUUUCAUCUAUCCUUAGCUUACUGGCCUAAGAUGUAUAUGCUUGGAAUAUUCGUAAUCUCCCUCGUGGUUACGUUUUAUUAUCUUAGAAGGAGUUGCAACCUACAAGGCCUAUAACGCCGGCCGUAUCAGAUCUUUCCAUUGCCCUAUGGUCACUUGCUUAAAAACUGAAAAGAGACAGACUAAAAAAGAGACUGAACUUCACUUAGGCUUUCUCGCAAGCUUAUUAGAGCAUUGAAUUGACCUCUACUAAUCAAUGAGUAAGAUGGCUUGGAUUCUACUAAAUCCAAAUCCAAAUAAAAAGAAUGCUGGCUAGGGUGACGCUCGUGCUUCUUUCGAGUAAGGCAAACUGAGUAAGGGGUCGUGUUAUUAAGUAAAUUUCUUAGCUAUAAGCCUGGCCUUUCACUUUUAUUAGUACCCCUUUUUCCAACCUUUUCCAUUCCAUAUCUCACCAGUCUUCUUUCCCUGGGUUGUUCUUGAAACGCGUAUUAAGUACUUCCCUCCACAAGUCGAUCACACCAGAUCACAAAAGUAGGAAAGACCGGGUAUCAGAACUUAAAACUCAUAAACGUAAACUUUUCUCUUUAAUAGCUUCAGUACUCAUUCAUGCCUAUUGGCAAUAAUAUGUUUCAUCAUAAGAAUACCGUGAAACCUAGACAUAUUAAAAAAGUCCAUAACUGGGAUCUUCUCCACUCUCAUAGUUGCAACCAUGAAGCCCCACAAUUUAUUGAGUAGCGAAUGACUGAACAUCAGUCAUGUUUGAAUCAUGGAAUCGUAGAAUCAACGCAAUGAUGUGCUUCAUACUGGAAUCUCCUACUACAGCUGGACAGGUUGCGGGGUCUGCGGCUCCCAUUUCGGGGCACUAUUGCGGACCUCUAUUGGUCCCCUAACUUUUGCGGAGAAUCAAGAUCUAACACCUCAUUUCUUUUAUUUCUCUAUGAUAUUUUGGAAAGAGAUAGAUCCGGCACUGCACAAUCCUCUGGCCUUGGCCUCCCCGCAACCGGUCAUCUCUUCUUUUCAUGGAAUUGCUUGCCCAGCUGGAAAUGCAGUCAAUCAGGUCUCUCUGCGCCAGGAAAUGGUCCUCGAGUGCAAGGGCAGAAGGGAUCCAGAAGUAUGGUCGAGCAGAGACAUACCUUAUCUAAACUGGGUCUGGCUCCGGUUUCAUCCUGUUAUUAGUUCUCAGGAGUUGGGAGAAGAGAAGCAAUGACUAGAUUGGUGGUUCCUAUGUUUCCUUUCUGCCUUUCAGCCUCUCCCGGCGGGGCGAGCCGGCGCAUCCUUUCCGCUUUCUAUUCUAGAAAGGGGUUUCUAUCACGACUGAUCCGCAGUUCGAUGUCUUUAGCCUGACCCGAAACACCACUCCCGCGAGUAGAAAGAAAGAGAGAUGAUCUACUUGCAACUUGCUACUGCUGGUACCUUGCAAUCGUAUCCCGGCACCUUUAAAGCACUUUCCGGUGUCUUUCGCUCAGUUGCUAGCCCUGAGCUGCCUUGCCCAACUAAUACUAAUGCACUAGCAUCUACGGACGUUCUGCCUUGAUUUGACAUAGAUAAAUAGGAUGAAAUGGGCCCAAGGGAAAGCAUUCUUUUACUUCAUGGCCUGGCACUAUGCAGGAUUCGAUCUCUUUUCUCGUAGGAGGAUCUUCCGCUUCAUCUAUAGAUUCGUUUUCUCGUUGAACUCUUGCUUGAAAGCAAACAUGAUAUAGUGAUAUAGGCCCGGGGCCAAUGGGAAUCUCUUUUUCUCUUAGGCAAAGCAAAGCAAAUAGAAGUGAAGUAAAGCUUUCUCGAUUCGAUAUAGAAUAGAAUAGUGACGAGAAAGGGCAACUAGAUCACAGGAUGGGGCAUGAAAGCAUUGGAUUUGAGCUUUUAAAGAAGAAUUCAUUCGAUCAGUGCGGGUUCACUGCCUUGCUUGAAGCCAAUCUCUAUAAGGGAGAUGCAAAUACUUCAUUCUUCCAUAGUGCUGCCAAUGGAAGACACAGAAAAUGUCAUAUUGCUUGCUUCUUUGAAAUAAAUACUUAAGAAGCUUGUUUUUUAGUGAAGAUCAAAGGAAGUCACUAGAAGAUACUUUCUGGCACUUCUUUCAACUGGCUAAGAUAUUCCCAUAAGCGGCGCUUGCAUAUUAUGCUCUACUUUCCCCUUCCUUCAACCUUGCAUUUUGAUUUAGAAACAUUGGCUCAUUUAGAUUUAGUUAGAUCUGAGGCCGGCAUAGGCUGCAAGAGAUGUGCCGCAUAAGCUGAAGUAUCUAAAUAAGAUAGGCACCUGGAUCUGGAAACCUGACAAGCUCCAUGACUCCAGUCAUCCUAGCAUCAAGUACUGUAGAUACUGGUGUGAAAAACCUUCUAUGUCGUCAACAACUAUCAUAAUUAACCCAAGAACCAGUUUGCAGCCAGUACCAGUACCUGUAAUGGAGUGGAGUCAUACCCAAACUUUAGGAGCCACAACCCACCAUUUUCCCUUCCUUGCUUAUGGUUUGGGAAUGGUAUCUCCUUGAACAAGGUAGCUGUGUCACAUAUAUUCCGUUAAUGGGAUGGAUUUUCUGCUUUCGGAUGGUGUGAUUUCAACGUUGAGUACCUACUAAGAGUUAGUUCUCGAUGGGCAAUAAAUCAUAUUGAUGAAAAAUCACCAAGGAGCAUGAAACAAAACACAUAACUUACGUACCCAUUGUACUUAGAGCCAAUAAACUACCAAGAAUCUUCUGUCUCAACCACUUUCUUAUUGUCUUUACAUCGAUUUCUAAAUAUAGGAAGGGAAAGUAACGGAGAGCAAGCAAAAGAAAUAAAUCUAUCAACGACCGACUUCGGACUAGAAUCUAGAAACAUACCUAAGGGAAGAAAGCAUAUUUGAGGUUUACUCCUUCCAUGUCUAGUAGGAGUGCGUGCUUCUUAUCUUGACGCUAUACAUUCGGUUCAGUCAGUCCCUGAGACUUCCCAAGGUAAUCUUACCAAACAAGCAACGGAUUGAGCAACUAGCGCGAAAGCCGUUGCGCGUUAGCGCAUUCUCCACCACAUCUUGCUUGGCUUGCUGAAUCAGCAUAUGGAUAUGGAUUACUUCAUUGAAUUUCUUGGCCCGAGCUCUUGUGAUUGGUCUACUUGGCAGGUGGAAUGGAUCCUUAGCAGGUUCAUGUGUUCCUUGUUUACGUAGCUCUUCUGUUGGAUCACGUAGCCCCUCCGUUGGAUUACGUUGCUCUGCCCUUGGAUUACUUGAGUCAUUUCUUGGUUUACUUGGCUGCUCCGCAACAUGCUGGUUCCUUUUGUCAUAAUACCUAACGGCUGUGGGCAGAAUGAAUGAAAAAGCAGAUGAAAGACACUAUACAUACCAAUAGAAUGAUAAAUUUAGAAUAAAGCUAGGUGACGUCACGGCAUUUGAGAACCAAUUGCUUCUUUUGCUUUUCACCAACCUUCAUGUACAAUCUUAUUUCGUAUUGGAGUACAGCCUAUCGUAGGCCCAGCAAAGGCAAGACGGAAAGCAAGCAUUAAGUGAAGAAGCAAGGUCCAAACAAAGUAGUGAAAGAUUUACAUUGAAAAGCUUCUCCAUGUCUAUAUCUGUCCGAUGGACCAAGCAAGUUCAAAGGAAACGGCUUCUCUACUGCAUAAAAAAACCAAUCCAAUGAAAAGGUUAACGAUUCCUAUAAAUUGAGAAAGAAGCAUGUUCUUCAUGCCCAAAAGCGGAUAAAGUAGAUGGAACCUGUUCUCUAACCUUCUUUUUGUAGCAGAUACUGCAUAAAGUUUACCUGCCUUGUAAGGCUUUUGUAGGAUUAAUCAAAUUUUCUUUUUAUCGUUCUAUCUCAGAGUAUCCAUUCAUUCGAUCUUGCUAUCCGCUCUCAAUUGAAUCCCUUCUCUGUUGUCGACAGGUGUGUCCGCAUCAGGACCAGAAUCACGGUCUAGUACCUCCGUACUCGCUCCUACUUUAUUAAUUAGGAAGUGAAGUAGCCCCGUCUUAUUUUCUCGAAAUGCGUAGAUCAAUGCUAAUGAUGUGAUUACUGCCUGGAUUCUUGUCAAGGGAAAUAGAAAAACACGACUUUUGCCAUAUAGCGAGAUGGACUUUUGACUACGGCAAUCUACUGGACCGAGGGAAAACCUUCCUCCUUUGUCAACAGUGAGUAGAGGCAGGCUAUUGGUUGGUUCGAAUCAAGCUGUCUUUCUAUCUCUGGCUCUGGAAUUGACCUAGCAUCUACAGACGUUCUGCCUGGAACAUAGAAUAACGUUCUUCCCUUUCCGAUUCCGAUCUUCACUAGGCGUGAGAACUCUUAGGUAAGCUGCAGAGCAGCAGAAGUGAGAAUUGGAUUGCUUUGGAACUCUCCAAUAGCGUUUUCUUUGCUGGCUUCGUAAUGGAUUGAGGAGCCUAUUUGCCUAAGCGAAUCCCAUUCACUGAGAUAGCGCUGCGCUGGCUUUCAAAUGGAUCAAAUCUUCCCCCUUUCUCUCGAGGUCAAAUCAGCUAUCAUCCAAACGGGGUUUCUGACGAAGAUGCUUUCUUUCGUAUCGGUCGUAUCAGGAAGUGAGAACAGAACUCUUAUAUUAUACGAGUGAUUUCUAUUCUAGCUGGCACUUCUACUUCGGGUAACCUAUUACAAGGAAUGUUUUCCUGGCCCCACUAACUAUGAAAUUCUUCGAUUCUCAUCUCAUAAGAUCUGCCGGUUCGCGCCGCACUCUUGCUUGAAACUCUACUUUCGACUCUCUAGAUGACCCUGACACAGAAGCCGAUUCUUCUUUCGCUUUCAGAACUACUUUGGAGCAGCUACCACUGAUUCCGGUGAGGUUGGAGGUGCGAACUCAAUAAAAUAAUUGGAGUUGGCCAUCGGAAAGUUCUAUUUGGCAAGCAGAUAGGACAGUCAAGGUGCCGGGAUACGAUUGCAAGGUACCAACAGCAGCUUCUGUUCGUGGAUACGCCGGUGGAAGGUCAGCAGUGCCAGUCAAGGGGUUCUCGUCCUUUGGGCAAGCUUUGUUGAGAUGUUCGUGGAGCAGUCUUUCGUUUCAGGAAGCAGGUCAAGCAUCGGAUUAAAGUAGCGGGGGAGAUUUGAGAAAUCGAUUUGCAGAACAGGACGGAAUAGGCAUUCUAGAGAAUAGCCCCGCUUUUCUUAUGCAUAUGCAUGUGCCAGACUUUCUCUUUUAAGAAAAACCCUUUUUCUCUUUCUUUUCCUUCCUCCGAACAAGUCAUCUUCCUCAUCCGAAUGAGAAUUUACUGAUUGCCAAACCACCUAAUUAUCUCUAUGAAGGACGCAUGCUCACACAUAAUGGGAAUUGCAUAUCCUUGGGUUUUUUGGAGAAGAGUCGCAACUCGAAAGAGCCAAGAAGGGGAGAGAGAGGAUGCGCUAAAAUAAGGUAGACCGGACGGGAGAGAGAAGCGCCAUACUCGCAUUAGAGAAUCAAGUCAGGAGAGGGAAGUAGACGACAAUCAUGAAAUCGAUAUGCGGGAGAAUACACAAAAGAUAGGCAAUAUACUCCACCUAGUCGUUCUGUUUCGAAAGUAGGAGAAGCUAUCACUUUCACUCAAGUCACUCUAAGUCUAAGGAAGGGUUAUAGCCAUAUCUGUUUAAGGAUCUGUCUUAAAUGAGACCUAAUCCCAGCCCCCUUUUGAACAUACAUUGUUGGAUUCUUCUUCUAAUGAUUGGGAGAACCCACGCCACACUAAUGAAUGACCUCUUUAGAUUAGAAGAAAUAGAGGAACAUGCGUCUUCGAACGAUGCAGUCUCACUACGACCUGGAAAUUCUCUUAUUCCCCUAUCCAAAAAGGGAGUCAUGAUGCCAAUGAACCCCAACCCUGCCACACGCGAAACACACAGCGAUCUAAAUGCAAAGAAGAUAUGAUAUAUAUGGGCUUUUGGAUUUUCAAAGAAAGCAUGUUGUUGUUCUCCGAACUCUUCCCUCGAAGAACUUUCGAUAUUCGCGCGCCCUCAUCCACGUCUUAAAUAUUGGAAUAAACCAGCGCAUUGAUUUUCUAUUUAUCAUAACUUGGGCUUACCACUGGGAAUUCACCAUUUCUCCAUACAAUACAGCUUUGAACUUCACUGAAAUUACAAAUCGAUUCCUGGCUCGAGUAGAGUCUAUGACAUCAAAUGAAAAGAGAAUCCUAGGUUGUUUCAUAGGCAAGACAAUCAAAGCUCUUUUAUUCUAUGAAUUAUACCUCAUUGGGUCUGAAUCUGUUCUGUAGACUAGCCCCGUCAAUCCUUUGCUAAAUAGUCUUUCUUCAGUCGCCGAUGUCACCUUUGGUACCGGAAAUCCUAUAUGACCAUCGUUGCUGCGAAUGGUUCUCUUGGGGCGGCCCACCUAGAACUAACUCCCUUGAGUCCUUGACUACAUGAAAUGGGGGGUCUGACUGGCAGGAAAAGAAUCGAAUGGACGGAAGAGCACUGUAGCAGAGCAUAGAGAUCCGAAGCAAUGCAUUCAGCAAGAUAUCAUGGAUUGUCGCGAAAAGCUAGGAUGGAAACUGGUUAUUGGCUAUGGCCCAAGCUAUUGUCUUGCAGUGGAGGCGAAGCAAGCAUACUCAUCAUUGAGGUCCCACCUGUCUUUGUUCUGCCUUCCUAUAUGCUUUUCACAGUCUCGUGAGGGAAGCUUGGCAAGCUAGCAAAUGCUGGGUGGGGAGGAGAUAUCGGCGAUCAAGAAACAUAUAGCCGGUUAGGUGUGACUUAUGUGCAGAGUGCCUUAGUUCAAUAAACUACAGCAGAAAAGCUCAUUUCUUCCAGCAUCAUUUCUUCUGUAAUUAGAUUAGAAUGGAAGCACAAAAUUCACUGUGCUAGCAUGGUACUGUCACAAAUCAGUGCUGUGAAUUUCUUUGUACUACGGAGUGGAGUGCUUUAAUCCACUCGAUUCCCUUGGGGAAGCAGAGGAGUAUUCAGUGCAACUGUACCCGCAACCGAGCUAUCUGAAAUUGCUAACUCACCUCUGUCUCUUGAUACGACUAUUAUUGAGGGGAGGGAGAGUCCAUUCAUUUGCCCAUCCUGGAUAACGGGUAGAGAUCCUAGCGGUGAAUAAUAAGAAGCCUUUGGAUUUCAUCUAAGCUGUUGACUCCCAGUAUGGGAUGGGAAGACUGUGCCUAUCUAUGGCCUCUCUUUGUUAACGCCUUAACCUCGUUGCAGGUAUUCCGUAAAAUGAAGUCAUCUAUUAUUAGGUAGCAAUUCAGGAGCCUUUCCUGUACUUGAAGGCGGAUUAGCAAGGGAAUGAAUCUGAUGAAGCUGUUCCUCCGCUAGAAUAAGGGGGGCAUGAUCGCUGAUGCAGAAAAUCUCUCCCGGGGUGAGACCCAAUAACGAAAAUCCAUGAAGCAGUGAAAAUAUAGCCUGGUUAGAGUGCCCUCCCUCUCCUUUAAUUUGUCAUAGUUUGUUUGAUUUAUCAAUGCGAAGAGUGAAUCAAAAAAUUGAACUAGUGCGCUAAGUACGUUGCUACAGACCGGAAUGGAGAAUGGCAAUAGCAUUUGGAAGGGAGUGUUUCUAUUUCAAUAAUUAGACAACAGCCGUCAGUCAAAAUACUGAUAUCCCCCUCGUUCACUUAAGUGGUAAGAAAUGCUUUAGGUGAACAUGCAUGCAGCAAUAAUUAUGUCUUAUUCAAUUGUUAUUGAUUCCUACUCCGUACUUGACUAUGAGAUAGAGGAAGGAUCUUAUAAUUGCUUAUAUAAGCGAAUUCAAAAUUCUAAGACAUAGGUUUCAUUAUGCGGGGCGUAGCGAAAGCAUUCAACCUUCUAGGACUAAGCCUAAGGCCUAUGGUCCCUCAAAAAAGAGAGAUCAAUCGUUCCUUACUUUACUGCAAGAAAGAACACAUUGAAAGCUACAAGCCCUUACACCAGGGAUGAAGUAGCUGCUUCGAUAGGACCAGGGACACUACCAGACUGAGUUGAGUCUGACACUAGGGAACUUGGAUUCAUAGUACGUGCUCUACGCGAUACACAGACAGAUAGAAUAGCCGGAGUACGGUAGGAAUGGACUGCUGCCAAGCGAGUGGAUUUAUGAACGAGCCAUUCAUUUCAUUUAAGUAGAACCGCCCCUUCUACGCCGCCUACUUACUUAAUAAUCAAUUGCUCGAGCACUUAUUUAUCUUUAUUUCAAGUAAUUUACUGUCUGCUUCGACUGCCCUCAAUUCAUUGAUUCGUAUUGCUUUCACUACUCCUACUGAUGACUUCGUGACUUUCCUCCUUCUAGGUGCUUCAAAUCUACGUUAUCAAUACGGAAGAGGGCCACCUUACAUGAAGCCCGCCCACCUUACGGGAAUGGUAGUAGGGUUGUCGAACCGUCGUAGUGAGCGGGGUGUGUUGACAGCUUUCACACGGGCAGGACUACGUGUUAAAGUCGAUGGCGAAGAAGAAGACAGGGCUUAUCGGGAAGAGGGGGUAGUAUGAGUAGGAGGUUUGAUUGAUUUCAUUCCUGAGUCUUCUUUCUUGCAUUCCAUCGUUACUUGCGGUGCAAUCUGGAAGUCUCAAAGCGAGAACUGAUUUCACUUCUUCCACUGAAUCCCAGGCUUGAGGGCUUCACCCAUUUUAUAACCCCGCGGUAAAUUAUUACUUUAUCAGUUUCUGUGCUCAUGAGAACUAACAACAGAUCGUCACCAGCGUCUGCAAGUACACAAAGGAACUGCUGAGUUAUGUAAAAGCCGGUUUCAUCCCUUGGUCAUUAUGGGGCAGUGUCAUAGUCUACACUGAGAACAGUGAAUUUCAUCUCAGGAACGAGAUCUAUAGUGGCAAGGCGGUAACCGCACAGCAUAAAGAACUCCCUAAGAGCAUGGAGUGAAUAUCCUACUCAUCAUCCUUGAAUUAGUAGCCAGCCCAAGCAUUGCCGUGUACUUUGCAAUAUCCGAAUGUGGGUCCGUUCAGUUGGAACACGACUUCAAAGCCUUCUGACGAAGGUGGAGAUAAGAUUACCCGAAUGAUAUAACGCGGAUAAAUAAAAGGAAUGAAGUUGGGAUCAGAAAUUAGUUGCAUUGGUGGUGUGGGUAACCAAAGCUGGGUGCGCGUAAAGAUAUUGGUAAGGACAAUCUCAUGCGUGGCAUCUGAUGCAGUGAUAAGGAACUCAUUUGAGGUGAGGAGAUUUCCGAGUUGAUCCAACUGUCCUAUCUUUCAAUUCGCUUAUUGAAUUUGUGGGCAAGGACGCAUAUCUUCAGCUGAGGAAAUCUUCAGUGGGCUAAGAGAUCCAGGGUUAAUCCCUGAUGUGGUCACAUAUAGAAUAUGAAAAUAUCAGGAUGCUGCGGCGAUUCCGCUAGAGCUUUUGAGCUGCAUGAAGAAAUGUCAAGUUGCUCCUCAGAAAAUUAGUAGAAUAGUUUCAUUGGCCUUCGUCAAUGGGACAAACGCUCCAGUGUAUGCGUUACAGUUACUGGGAAGCUAGCAUUUUUGCUUGUCAUGGAAUCAAGUCUAUUUGUUCGAAUGUUCUUUUUUUGGAAAAACCAACCACAAAAAAAGUCUCCCUUUCUCUUGGAGCAGAGCUUCAUCAUAAAAGUGGAGAGUCACAAUGAGAUUUAGUGGAAUGGAUAUGAAGGGUAUAAAUAUGCUAUUUGCUGCUAUUCCAUCUAUUUGUGCAUCAAGUCCGAAGAAGAUCUCAAUCUAUAAUGAAGAAAUGAUAGUAGCUCGUUGUUUUAUAGGCUUUCUCAUAUUAAGUCGGAAGAGUUUAGGUAAGACUUUCAAAGAAACUCUCGACGGGAGAAUCGAGUCUAUUCAGGAAUCAUUGCAGCAAUUCUUCAAUCCUAACGAAGUCAUUCUGGAGGAAUCCAAUGAACAACAACGAUUACUUAAUCUACGGAUCAGCUUGCGAAUUUGCAGCACCGUAAAAGUAGUAGAAUCAUUACCAGCGGCACGCUGUGCGCCUAAGUGCGAAAAGACAGUGCAAGCUUUGUUAUGCCGAAACCUAAAUGUCAAGUCAGCAACACUUCUAAAUGCCACUUCUUCCCGUCGCAUCCGUCUUCAGGACGAUAUAGUCACAGGUUUUCACUUUUCAGUGAGUGAAAGAUUAGUAUCCGGGUCUACAACUUUGGUAGAAGCUUCUACCGUAGAACAAAUUCGAGAGGCCUUCUUAUUAGAACCCAGAGACCUAAUUCGAGAAGGCUUUAUAGUCCUCAGAAAGGUGAGGGUGGGGGGUAUCCCCGGGACCUGUGGAGACGGGGUGGGCCUGUAGCUCUGAGGAUUAGAGCACGUGGCUACGAACCACGGUGUCGGGGGUUCGAAUCCACUUCUGAGCGGGCUGGCGGCUCCACCGGGAGCGAGCCUACUGAAGGAAAGUUUUAUUGUUGAACUUCUUAUCCAAUAUUUAUCUUUUGUUUGGAAAAACCAAACCCACAAUCUUUAAGUCUCCCUUUCUCUUUUGGGAGCAGAGCUUCAAAAUCAAUCAAUCUUUUCCAUGAUCGAGUUUCUUCAUUAUGUGUACCAGACAGCGACGGAUAAUGCUAAGUUUUUUUCUAUAUUACUGAGUAUAAGUGUCGUUGCCUCUAUCUACCUACUACAAAUACUCCGCAAUUAUGUGCGGAUUCUAAAAUUAGUGGAGGAAAAUAAUAGAAAAGAGGGUAAACUGUUGGGGCUCUGCGUGGUACAUGAGUUUACCUACUCAUGGAGAAGAGGAGUCACCCUAAGACCCAUUCAUUUUGGCUCGAAAGAGCAAAAGUGCGGAGUAAAAGAAAAAGAAUCGGAAGGAGAAGUGUGAUAAGCUUUGAAUGGGAUGGAUAGUCAAGAAAAAAGGCACCUAAUCUUUACCGUCUCCACUGAGAUUUCAGACCAGAAAGGAGUAGACUCUAGUUUCAAUUGCGUAUAGAAAGAGAUUCGUCUUGUAAGAGCGAGCAGGUUGAAGCGCUUAGGCUACUUCAGCUAUAUGCUUAACACAUGCAAAUCUAACGAAGUGCUCCUGGACGACUCUUUCUUUGAGAUUCCGUAAGUAACCUAGUGCAUGUGCCUUUGAAGAAAAUGAAAUGAAAGCUUUUGAAGCGAAGAUUUUUUAUAAAUCAUAGCCGGGAAUCAAUCAUGGGCAGAUGAAGUCCCCGUGCUGCUUUUCAAAAUAAGGCAGAAAUGCGUACAGGAAGGAUGGGCUCCGGGUCACUCUCUUCACUGAUGCUUCGAAGCUUCCACCUUUAACUCGUCAAAGCAAACCUACUGAAUGUUGAAUCUCGAUCGAUGUCAGAAACCAACCGUAGAAAGAGAGGUCGAAGCACCUGAUCACUCGUUCAGCUCGUUUUUCGCUCGUGCCUGUAUGAAUUGCAUCAGUCAUUGUGUUUUGGCGGUGGAGAAGUACAGAAGUAAACAGUGUGUUAGUAUUUAGUUGUGCGAAGCGUUGUUGACAAGACUUACUCAACUCACACCUGCUUCCGGUGACAACUACCACUCUCUUAUGAAUGGGAGGGUAGAGUACCAAGACAUAGGGAUUAGCCAGCGAAGGCGGUUUAUUUAGUACCAAAUAUACGUAUUUUGAAUUCUUUUCAGUGAUAAGGAAAACUGAAAAGCUUCUCAAACCAGAGUAGGAAUUCGAUCAAUCGCUAUCAAUGCCAGGAGGCAGAUCAAGAUUCAUGGGAACGAGAACCUUUUCCGAGAAGAGUCAAGCGAGGGAUAGGAUAGAUGAAUAGGUUUAAGCCUUUCUCCGCUUUUAGGGAUUCAUUUACAAUUUCUAAGGCUUCGUUUUUCUCCGGCAAGCAGCUAGGGAAGCAUUUAUUCCCAAGCGAUAGGGCUUAUAGUUCAGAUUGAUGCCUUAGUCCACUCGGAAGAUAGAACUAAUAAUGGAAAAAGAUAUGCUUAAGAACUCCAACAGUAAGUUGAUCAGUUACUAAUAGUAUAGUUCGGUAGGGACGGGAGACAAAACUGCCACUGAUGAGAAAGCGAUAAGAAGCCUGAAAGCGAUUCUUACACAAGAUACGAUGACAGGAAGAUCAGGAAUGGAACCGGAGAAUAUGAAAUUGGCUCUCGACCCAGGCCUUGCUUUGUUUACCUGUCCUAUCGUAUCGAAUAAGGUUUCCUAGCCUAGCCCAUCACGGUGUCUGCUACCGAAAGAGAGAAUAGGUCUAAGGGCAGCAUCUACUCGUUCAUCGCUUGCCUCACCUCGAAAGAGGCAUGGCUUCUCUCUUCACUCACUCGCCUGUUCGCCUGCUUCAAUAGCAUGGAAGAAGGUGUUCUAAGAGCAUAGUUUCACAUAUCUCUUGAUCAAUAAUUCACUUAUAGCUUAUAGAAAGUAGAAAGACUCUUAUUUCGAAGAUCCAUAUCUAAUCCCACUUCGUUCAUAGCGACCGCACUUCCCAUGCGCGCUCUACUCUUCACUCUUGCUCACCUCUCUUCUUCAACAAGGAUUUGCCGUUCCUAUCUGUUUUUCAAGGUAAAAGAAGGAGCCGGCCUGGGGCUGCUGUGCCCUUCCUAAUGGUUUCAUAGCUUUUGCGCGUAUCGUAGGAUUCGUACGUCUAUAAAACGUAGUCCUCUAUGGCUAUUCCUGAAUCGUGGGAAAAGGUAUGCGUAUACUUAAAUUGAAUUGAUCGUCCGGGUAUAGAAAUGUGUUCAGUCUCCUUUCUCUUUUGGGAGCAGAGCUGAAAAAGAUGGGAAAUUCCAAUCUUUAUGCAUAGACAACUACAUCCUUGGGUAAAAGGUAGACUCAAAGAGCAGCUCACUAACACAACCUCGACGAUUCAAUAGCCACGGUCGGACAUUGACUUUUUACACUCACUUAUCUACAUAUUGGCAAGUAGCAAGUAAUAUAUAUGCUAUGCUUAGUACUCGAAAAUGAGCUUAGCUUAAAAAUGGAAUAGGUGUAAACGUCCAGGAAAAGAUCUCUAGUUAACAAAACCAAUCCUAGACCUAGCAGAUAAGGCGGGUAAGAAGCAUACUACGCACCCUUGAUCCUUUCCCCUCGCUCUGAACCUGUGUCUGCCCUUUACCCUGCAGCCUGGAGGGGAACUUAGACUACUGGCACUUUAGAUGGCCGGGCACUCCUUAUUUGAACUCCAAAAAGCUGGAAAAAAGAGAAAAUCUCGGAUAGCCUAACGAGUUUUUUUGCCCUCGAAAAGGGAGCUACUAUCCCUGCAGGAUUUCCAGAAAACGGAAUGUACCUAGGGAACCCUAUUGAUCAGAUCAGAGACUGAACCUAGUGAUCUUUCUCCUGCUGGCAAGCAUCGAUACCUGUCUCCUAAGGAAUUGAUCUUCUCUUUCAUAUACCAGGAUAGGAUAUAACCUCGAAGGACUGCAAUUGGAAGGAAUUAGCACUCACCAUAAGCAACCGCAGAGAAGGAAAAUGACUGGCCUUAGACGGAGGAAAGAAAGAGGUAAAGAUACUAGCUUUUAAGAAUUACUGAUUUUGGCUUGCCCAAGAGGUCAGAUACUGAUAAAGGUUAUGGAUAGUGAAUAACUACUUAGGAAUAGGCAAAUACUCCGGAUAGAUAGGCAAGAACUAUUCCUUAUCCAUAGUCAAAUACAGCUUACGCAUAGUUUACUACAUCUCCAAAAGAGAACAGAGAUAACUACUUAGACUGGCGCUAUCAACUACUUGAACUCUAUUACAGUCAAAAUGGAAGAAGUAACUACUUAUGAUUAUGACAUACCUCUUUCAGUAGCAUCUACUACUUCAGAUAUUAUACUUUAGGCAAAAGGGAUUUAGGAAACUAAAGGAUAGUUAUUGACAGUAUAAUACUCUAGAAAGGGAAUAUGCGCAGAGAAAAGGGUUUUUCUUUCGCCCAAGGCUUUCCUUAGAUGACUAACUUGACUUUUCUUACUUAGACACUGGUGAAACUUCCUUUCCUAAACCUGCUUUCCUAAGCUUUUUUGAGAAACUCUAACUAGUCUUUUUUUUUCAAGGUAUCUCCAUAAGGUAUCCUAUCUAUUACUACUGGUAUUGUAAGAACUGCUAGGCCCUUUAGAUCUAUAUCUAUCUUACUAUCGAAAAGUGCUUCUACUCCUAAUAAGCAAAUUCGCUAUUUUCGUAUCAUUCCUUCCAUGCUCAAGGGCUAUUGGGCAUUCUCCUAACAGUACUAGGGUAUUUAAUACCAUGAUAGAAGUAUUAGGAUUAAGACUAAAAAGAAUACCAUUCAUACCGAACUAUCAAGAAUAAGGUGGAUUGGCUAAGGAGGCGGAAGUUCCCAGAGAAUAGGUCCCGGUCAAUCCCAAUCCCUCAUUCUGAGAAUAGUGAGAAAAGCAGUUACUUUAUCGUCUAAAUGUCGGAAAAAAGGAUCCUAUCCUCCAGCUGUCCUUCCCUGGAAAAUCGAGUUCUUUUUCGUCGUCUGUAUGAAAUAGAAAAAGUAGUCUGAAGACAAAGGUCGAGGGACAGAAAAUACUCCUCUAGGGAGCUCACCUAUUGAUUUUAGAAACCUAUUUAUUUUAUAAAUAAGUCUUGGUUCAUAGUCAUAGAAAGGAUAAGCCUGGAUUUCAUGCUUCUUACUCACUCUUUCAAUGCUAUGUCUUUAAGAGAUUGAGCUUUCCUAUGUCAAGGACGAGAUCUUGUGCCCUUCAUCGAUUGGAGCGGCAUUUAAUUUAAUGCAUGGACAUGGAACUGUUCUAAUCCCAUCAUACCUUGUGAUACACAUUUCUGGUAGGCGGGUAAAGAUGCCAGGGCGGAACAAAAAGAGUAAAGGAUUGGCAAGCAAGUAUCAAGCAGAAGUGGUCCACUUUUGGCAAUGUUGACUUGGGAUGUUUCUUUCCGCUUUGCGAAAAAGGAGUCAGUCUAUUAUACGAUUGAUAGCAGUAGCAGCCACCAGUAGAAGUGGUUCAUAGGUCAGCCGCUAAGCCUGGAAGUGAGAAGUUCUUUCUAGGCGAACUCUUUAGACUGGCUGGAUAGCGAGCACUGGCAUACGAGUCCGGGCUGCUGCUAGCGAAACAAAGUGCGAGGGAUGCCUAUAAAAUUUAUCCUAAAAGAUCUUAUUUGAGAUAGGUCAGAUUGGACUUAGUGGCCAACGUGCCGGGAUGGUAGAGUCAAUAUGGGAUGUGGAAUUCCAGGAAACGUUCUUAUCCGCGCUCACUGAUAAUGUGAACCUGGCCCUUAGUUUCCUCCAACUGAUUCCAGUUUUUUUGAGCCUUUUGAAGUCAGUCCUUAAUAGCUAAAAAUGCUUUGUGGGUUACCUUGCUUUAUUCGGAUAUGCUUCUUUUCGGACAGGAGGGGCUGAUUGACAUUCAGGCAAUGGCACAUGGAUUCUAUUGAGAAGGGCUGAGAUGCGGCGCCUUGAAUUAGGUCUCUAAUGUAAAGUUAAGUAAAGUAAAAAAAACUCUUCUUUAGACCAGAGGAUGGGUAUGAAUUUAGUUUCUUUAAUCGGUCUAGCCUGGGAAUGGUAAUUGGCAAUUUGCGGAGAUUCUAAAAGGGUAUGGUAUAGGUCCGGGGGUCACUUUAAUAGGGAGGUUGUAGCUGCUUUGGUGAAGGUGGCUCGUCAUGGGUUGAGCCGGUCGAUGUGCCGGGGCGGCUGAUUAUACCCUUGUUGGAAUUGAGGAACAUAACCCGGUGUGGGUUGGGAGGUGAAACACAGUCGAUCUUAUGAUGAUCCAAUCAAUUGAAAAGUGAUACGCUUUCUUGGUUUGGUAAAAGCGUUCUUAAGUUUCCGUUUUUAGACGUACAUCACGAUAUCUUUUUCUUCCUCAUUCUUUCUUCGUUAGGUUCAAGUCUGACGAGAAUAAAGAGAGAAUCCCAUUCUACAUGUCAAUACCGACAACAAUGAAAUUUAUAGUAAGAGGAAAAUCCGUCGACUUUCUAUUCAAAAUCGUGAGGGUUCAAGUCAAGUCCCUCUAUCCCCAAUAAAAAGCCCAUUUUACUUCCUAACUAUACUAUACUAUUGUACCAACCUCUAUUUUUCAUUAAUGGUUCAAACAAGAUUCACUAUCUUUCUUAUUCUACUCUUUCACAAACGGAUCCGAACUUACUUCUUUGGAUCUUAUCCCAUUCAUACAAAUGAACAUAUUAUAGUAUAGUAUAGGCAAGUAAUCCCUAUUAUUAAGUAAGUCAUUAUCAUUAUCCUGACAUUUACUAAGUCCAAUUUUAGAAUACUUUUUUCUUUUUUAGUCCCACAUAGAUACAAGUACGUACUCUACUAGGAUGAUGCACAAGAAAUGGUCAGGAUAGCUCAGUUGGUAGAGCAGAGGACUGAAAAUCCUCGUGUCACCAGUUCAAAUCUGGUUCCUGGCACAGAAAAAAGGAUCUACCGAAUAGGUAUUGAUACAAAUUACUCGAGAUGGAUUGGGAUACAUAUUCUAGAAUAAUAUAGAAGGAGUAUUAUUUUUUAAUCUAAAUCUAAAUCUAAGUAGAUAAAUCUCUAAAUAGAGACACUUCUUUUUCUUUAGGGUCAAAAUCUCGGGUUAUUUUCUUUUAAUAGAGUUGUAUCUCUCUGACCAAUUACAAGGAUAGAGGUGGGGAUACCACAAUCGGGUAGAUACAACUAAACUCAUGGAAAAUCCCAAUAAAUCCAUAAAUAGAACAACUGAAAAGAUACAAAACAUGGCAAACACUCCAUACUCCUCAUGGUCGGAUUAUUCUUCAAGGUCGGACUUACCCAAAACUACAGCAAUAUCAAACAUAUGUUGCAAACUGAUGAAGAGAGCAUUCUUAACAGCUUUGCUAAAAUCAACAUGUAUAAGCAAUCUUUACUUGCUAAGAAGCUGUGCGAUAGAGUUUUCCAUAAUGAAUAUAAAGUAUUACCACAAAUGGAAUACACCAAUGAGACUGCUUUCAGUUACUAUACUAUAUAGAUAGACCUAUAUGGAGUCUCGAAUGUAUAUGAUUUGAUAGAAGAGUUUCAUGAAUUGCCUCAUGUUUUAACAUGCUGCGGUCAAACCCUUAUUUACGACGGUGAGAUAUUAUCUCAAAAAAAUACAAACAUUCGUUUAGUAGCUAAAAAUGCAUGGGAGAGGUUAGGAGAUCUUAGAGACGAUCCAAUAAGAGAUCCUGUUAUUGAUACUAUAUAUGAAGGGGCAGACUAUCCCCAUAAUGAGUUUUUAUCACGAAAACUGAAGUGGGCCGAGGAUUGAAAGGUAUUUUGUUGGAUACAAUACAGUAUUUUCUAGUGCUAUAACGCAAGUUAGAACUUGCACUUUUAACAAAUCAAACAAUAAGUUUGUCUGGGGUAUGUUUAAUAUCCUUGUAUUAAUGGGGAUAGGAGUUGUAGUUUGGUACAGGUAUGUUCAGUGUGAUAACCCUUUUAUUAUCCCCCAAGAAAUAGCUCACCCAUUGGCAAAUUUGAAUGCUUUUAAGAACCCAGAAGCCGUUAUUAAUGGUUACAAGAGGGUGACUUUCUUGAUCAAUAAAGACAUAGUGAAUACUGUUCUUAUCUUAGUACAUUUAUGAAUGAUCCAACCUUUCCUUUACGGAGGUUUUUAACGUUAACCAAGCCGAGAACAUGGAUAAUAAUGUUGCUAUGAAGCGAGUGUCGGCACUGCCAUCAUGGUAGCAAGCUUUAUAGCUACCAAUGCGUUGGUUUUACCAACCCCAUAAGAUGUUUGGUAGAAUACAAUAAUGAUUAUUCAUAUAGGGUUCCAUGCAGAUUCAACAAUGACUGUUUCCCUUAUUCUUUUACAGUAAGAAUUUAGAAGAGGAUUUACAAGCGUAUUCUAAUAAAUUGAGCACACAUUUCGUUGAACGGUUGGUUUCCUGUAUAGUGAGUUCGAGUCUAGGUUACUGUACCUAAGAUGGAUUAUAUAGCCUAAGUCGGGGAACAGCUGAGUAGAUAUUAGCUUUAACCAUAGCAUCCUUGUGCAUCAAAUGGGUAGCAGUUUCAUACUGUGACCCUUUAUAGCUAUAAAUUCGUAGUGGUAGGCCGCGGGCUUUCCUGUUAAUCAACCCCCGAACUAGGUGUGUUAUCGAAAAGUAAUCUCUGUCUGGGUUAGACCCUUUUGGAGUAAGAGAAUGUAUAGUCGAGGAAGACAAAACAGAAGUGGUGAAAGCUGACAAACUAAAACCGUUAAAUAGUUUACUUCUUUUAUUAAGGAAAGACGAUGUCAACUGUUAGCUAUGAAUGUUUAAGGCAAUCAGGUUGAAGGGAUAAAUGUUCAACCUCAGGUAAUACUUUCUGUGGAAAGCAGUUGAGAUUGUGAUAAAGGUUGAGUAGUCAUUGGUUGGAGGGAUUCCAGUCUUUUAAGGAUAAAGAAUUCAGCUAUUUCAUUUCUAGGAGGCAUUUCUAUUUAGAUUUCAAAUAAAACCCUAACCUAAAGGCAGACUAAGACUAAAUACUCCCCUCCCACCAUUAAGUGAGAUAUUUGCCAACCCAUUCUUUAUUAAUCCCCGCCGCCCCCCUUGUCCUGUCCUGGGGGCUCCCCGGCCGGGGAGGCAAAGGGGAUUGCUAUCGUCACCCUUUCUCCCGGAAAAGAGAAAAAGUGACUAACUUUUUUUCUUUUCGGUUGGUUGGUCCAAAGAACGAGAGUCAGCUUCCUUAAGUCCGUUCUUCCUCAGUAGCUCAGUGGUAGAGCGGUCGGCUGUUAACUGACUGGUCGUAGGUUCGAAUCCUACUUGGGGAGAUUUGAUUCAUUCUGAAUUCGAAUUGAUAGUUAUCGCUUUUCUGACCCUGUCCUUCUCCUUUUUCUUUUCUAAAGACGCAGCAGAAUCGUCAAACGGGACAUAAAAAGUGGGAAGUUGAUUGUAGGAUUUCUAUUCCUCACUCUCGUAUAGGUGAACUUGGUUCGUUCAAUGAAAAGGAUCCACUGGGAAUGAAUGGGAAGACUGGGGUAGUAUCUUCAUUAGCCGGAAGGAAUUAGUCUCCACUAGCGUAAUUCGAAGAACGAACAAGAAAAGGCGUCACUGUUUAGGUAGGAGGAUGGAUGGAUGUGGUCCAAUGGCUAAAGCUCUGCCAGCUUCUUGUAGACUGGCAGUCUCCGAGAGGAACCUUAACCCCCCGGGGGGAGGCCGGGUGGGAUGGUAUACUUUUUUUUCGCCACAAGUGGGAACUCAGUCCUUGGUAAGACACAAGGGGGGAAGGAAGAUCUUCACUCAUUCAUUUUCAUUAAGUGCCUGCGGUGAGACGCGACCCACAACAAACGAAGGGGGUGGAGGGAGACCGAAGAAGGAACAAUUGUCUUGAAUGCUACGCUGGGAUCAGCAGCUUCCAGUGAAGACAAAAUGAGUCGGGCAGGAAGAGGAAGAUCGUGCGGGGAAAACGGGGUUCGAACCCGCGACUUCUGGCGUGACAGACCAGCACUCUAACCAACUGAGCUAUUUCCCCCUUUCGUAACUACUGUCGAUUCAACAGUCACCUACCGGUUACCUUUGUAACUAUACCAAAACCAAAGUAGCUGUACAACAGAAUGCCCUUCGCCUUUAGUACUUUUUUUUUCUUUUGACGACAAAGAAAUGGCUCUGCUCGCUUAGACUCGGGGCUCCGCGCUCUAUCAGCUAUCAGUUAGUUGGCGCUACGCGCGACUUCAGUUGACAAAAGCGAACAAGAUAGCGCUAGCGCCCGCGGAGAACUUUCGUUUGUUCGCCUUCUAAAAGGCCUACUGACCUGCCGGUGAAAAGCCGGUUACAAAAUAAAUAAUAAGACGUAGGUAGUGCAAAAGUACCAAAACAACUGAAGCCUACAUCCCACUACGUCUGGGUUCCCCCUUCCUAUGAACCUUGAGUCAGAGGUCUUACCUUGAGUCAAUAGGUAGGGUCAACUAUACCAAACCAAAGUGGAAGGGCCACUAUCUAAGCUAUUAGUGGGCUGGUUUGAACUAUUGAUUUACUGAAUCGAGUGAAGCUGUGUUGCGUAACAAGACUAUAGGUCGCCAAGGCCUAGAAGUACAAGUGGUCGCCCUAACGGCCACUCUCAAACUCACUACUUGAGUGACGAAAGUCACUUAGCUUCUUUAAUAGGGCUUGCCCUCCGGGGCCCCGGGAAGAGGAAGAAGGAGAUAGAGCAAAGGGUCUCCUCUUUCUGUCCGCUCUUCCCGGCAUGUAGAGAUCCGAUUGGGCUUAUAGUUUAAUUGGUUGAAACGUACCGCUCAUAACGGUGAUAUUGUAGGUUCGAGCCCUACUAAGCCCAUCUGACCUGCUUAAUCAAUGACUCCGGUAGUCACCUGAACCACUCUCUCGGAUAGCCCACAGCCUCUCUUCUGGAUGCGAAAGAAGAUUCGAUCAACGUACAAGGUUUGCCUUCUUGUGAUGUGAGAAGGAGGGUUCUUAAUUGUGUUCUCAGUGCAAAAGGAGUCUGGUUCAGUGAGUCUGAAGAGAGAGAAGAUCAGUAGAGCAGUUCGGGGCUUUGGGAUUUGCCUGAUCGACCCCUACCAGUGUAUUAAAUGAAGAUUGACAUUCGUAUGUACAAUUUACCGGUUCUUCCUCCCGAAUUGAGACCCAUUGUUUAUAGGUCUGGGGAUAAAGUAAAGUAUCGUAAAGUUAAGUUAAGUAUCGUAAAGUAGUUGACAAAGCAAGUAGGAAUAGGUCAUGUCACAGAUAGGCAAGUAUAGAAGCAGGAGAAGCUGAUAGACAUUUGUGAAUAGCAAGGCCAAGCUGUAUACAUAUAAGCAUUUUAAGGAGUUGUUUGUUGGCAUAUGGUUUGUUGUCACCACGGGAUGCUUAUUGUUGAGAAACAUAAAAAAGGUAGGCAUAUUGUUCAGUUCACGUUUAGGUCAGUAUAGAAGUAAAGCACGAGAUAGGUGUUUACAAGCUAGCUAGGGUUUCUAAUAGGUAUAAAAGGGUAAGCUAAUAACCAAGUAGUAGGGAUAGGUCAACGCAAGUCACGGGUAGCCAAGAGAGACGUAUUUAAGACUUUUAGUUCCAGGAUAGGCAGUCAUGUCAAGUAAAGUAUAGCUUAGAUAGUUCCUAUAGAAGUAUAGCUAGCCAAGUGACUAGGUUUAGCGGAGAUAGAAAUAGCGGGCGAGAUAUCAGGAGACAGGACUAGGACUUUGAACGAAGCAGGAAUCUUGUCCUUUCUUUCCGCCCACCCAACUAUAAUAAGAGUUAGAAAGCUCAAUCCAAGACAUGAAAGCGGAUAACCAAGGUAGUGUAGUCAUUGGUUGGAGGGAUUCGCCUACUGGUGGGAGGCUGGGAAAACAUAUUCAAUCUCGUAGUGAGGAAUGCAUUUGAAGAGGGAUGAAGGAGAGUUUCUGAUUGAACUCCACCACACUGUUUGAAUUAGAACUGGUUGCGGUUGCAGUUUGGGAAGGAGAGAAACCAUUGCUCCUAGGUUUAGGGCUCAAGAGGGCACAAUUUUCUUUUAUGGUGGUAUUCUUUUCUUUUCCUCUUACCUCCCGCUCCGUGGAUCUGUGCUACAGCUCUACCUAGGAUGACCUUCUAUUAUCAUGUUAUGUCCCUCAGCUCCCCAUGUGGAGUCACAACCUACGUGCUAUAUCUGGAACAUGAAAAGUGGUUUUCUAGAGCAGAUUAGAAUUUCUUCACCGUAUCGUAUGAGGUAGUACUAGCUUUCAUCUCAUCUGAUGUUCGCCUAGUCCUAAGCAGCAACAAAGAUUAGAUAAUCUGUAAUAUUGAAAAUGGAAAGAGAAGGGAUGCAAGGGUAUCCCUUCUCUUUCUUUUUUUCUUCUGCUAAUCCGGCUUGGCUUGGCCCUGCUCUUUACUGAACUUCAACAACAACCUGAUCCCUAUCUGUUAAUCCGAUUCGUGGCCCUGCUGCUUUCGUUGCUAGCACUUCCGUUUUCUUCGAAGGGCUGGCUUUCCUAUGAAUUGGAAUUCCUUGCUUCUUGCUAAACCGUGCCUCCUUUCCGAGUUCCUGCUUUCAAACUAGUACCCACCCAGAUGAAAGGAGAGUACGGCUGAAGGCAGGGCCAGUCAGUGCAUUUUCUUGCUUUUUCACACUAGGAUGCUUUGCUUGACAAGGGCUAUCGUUGCAAGCGUUCCUCUUUCAAUUCAAAGUAUCACGAGCAAAGAACAUUUGUAACUAGUUUUCCUCCGUCCACCAUGGAAUGAAGAUGAUCAAAUCAAGGAUUUGAAAGGGAAGUAGGGUUUACUACUUGCCAACCAGGAAGGUAGGACUUACUCGGAUAGGGAGCUCGGGGAGCAAGCAGUAGAAAAGCAAAAUAGCGAAGACAGGGAAAUGGGGGAAGGGGAAGUUCUUGGUUGAGUGCGGUUGUUCUCCGAUAAUCCGGUUGAGAACUUUUCCAGCGAUGCAGAGGAGAGAUCAUUUACAAAGAAAGCUAUGACUAGGCUAGGAUAUUCUUCAUAAAGAUACUCUGGACAGGAUCAUCGAUUCGCUUCCAUGGUUGAAAGUAGUGGGACUGCCACAUAAUACAAUGAAAAUGAAUUCAUUCUCGGUUGAGCAGGAGAUUCUGAUCCAGAAGAUGCCGCAGAAGACUUUGAAACGGUUACAAAUGGAUUGGCUCACUCCGCUCUAGAUUUGGUUAUGCCAGCCAUAGGCAAAAGUGAGAAACCUCACCCUCGGGAGAAAGGAAUAUGCCUCCUACUAGAAGCGUUGGCCAAGGAAAUACCCCCGUAUGAGCUGCUUUCGGCAAUGGGUGCUGCGGUCAACUAGACCAAAGAGGAAGGGCUACUACCUCCAGCUCCAGUUAUUAGUGGGCUUUUUUCUCUAUGGGAAUACUUAAUCGAAUUCAGCCGUUUUUCCGAAGAAAGAAGACUCCUCUCUAUGGGGCAAGGCAUAGAAGUACAAGUGGGAAAACGAGGAAUGGGGCGUCAAACUGUUGGAAAUAAAUGGGUUAGUUAAGUGCAAAGCUGAUGGGUCUGUCGAUAGAUAGUUGGCUCGCUUAGUAGCAAAGGGAUCCGGGUAGGUAGAUUAGAAUGAGACAUUCGUUGAAAGAAAGGCCUAGUCUGACGCUUCCUAAUUGAAUGAACUGAUCGAACUUCUUUUCUUCACUCCAAAGCAAGGAGAUUAUAUGAUAAUCAGCACCAACGAUUUGAAGGCCAGGAUGAAGUAAUAUCCCUUACGGGAAUCGAACCCGUGUCUUCGACAUGAAAAGACGAUGUCCUAACCACUGGACGAAAGGGACCAAAAAGCAAUUCUUCAUAUACCUAAGAAAAGAGAAGAGAAUAGAAGUGGUUCCUUUUCUUUCUAUACGAAAUUCGACGAUUUCGUUUGUGUUCAUGUUGGCGAUUUCAGAUGUGAAUGAGGCCGGUCGUCUCCCCUUCCUACGGGUUCCCAGUGACACAUCAACCACGCCCCUUCCUUUUCUCCGAUCAUAAAUAACCUGAUCUCUUUCUUUGUCUUUCAUCCCCUUCUUUCUAAUUCAAAAAAGAAAGGGGGGGCGGUAAGGCGCCUAUGGUUUGACAGGCAGGCUCGCAACUUACAAAGGGCACUCGCUGCUCGCAGGCCUGCUCUUUCUAUUAUGAUUUCUAUGUCUAUGAAAGCUCCUUUGACUCCAGCCCCAUAAGCUAUUCUUUCACCAGCACCUACGAGACGACUAUUGCUAUUAUUUUUGCAUUGCCAUUCUUCUGGAUACUUCGAGGGGAUCUGUAAAGAGAAGAAAUGGACAAAAAAAUGAGCUAAAGCCAAGCGAACAACUCGAGUGAAAAAGCCAGGAAAGAAAAGCUCUAACUUGAGUAAAAAAGCCAAUAACCAAGAUAAAAAAAGCUCGGCGAGCGAGUAGGUUAGGGUAAAAGACACUAAGCUAAGAUUAAAGGUAAGUAACUAGUAUCGAUCCACGGGAGCAAGGAACAAGAAAGGUCUUGAGCUGCCAAGAAGAAUGUACCUGGGUCGGGAGCAGGGGUUGGUGGAACAACUGGACAAGCCUAAGUAUCUAGCUUUGCUCACCUUGUUGAAACUAGCCCCGUUGCAAUAGAGAAAUCCUUUCCCGUUGAGAAUGAACAGCUUUACCAUUCCACUGUCUUUGCUGGAACUGCUGUCCUCACUGAACUAACUGCCCGUUUCACUUGUCCCGUAGCUGGCUUGGAAUAAGAAAAGUCUUUUCUUCCUUCCCCGAAAGGAAGAGUUUUGGGCUUAAGGCAUAAUUGCUCUAUUGCGGCUACCCUUGCUAUGUUAUCCGAUGCUGUUCACAAAGCGGCUCUUACUAUAGCUAUAGACCCGGCUAUCUCCGAGUUGAAAUUGAACCCAGCCCCGUCCAUCAAUCCAGAGCUCAAGACAACCGCGAUACUUAAAUCGCUCAAAUAGCCAGCCACCUUAGACGGACACAGCCAUUAGAAGAAGAAACGGAAACUCGAUGGAGUACCAGAGAUCCUCGACAAAGAAAGUCCCGAUUCGAGGAACGGAAUACAUUUCCUUGAUUGAAAAGACCGGUAAGAGAAAAGAAAGUAAGCAUAGUCUUCUGAAAAGACCGGGAACCGUUUGAUUUUCCGUCAACGAAGAACAAAAAGUAACGCUGUGCAAACUCAUCUGAUCCCUGUUUGGGACUUCUUCUUCAUGUCACGAGCCGGAAUCGAACCGUAAAAUGAUCAUUCAUUCAAAGUAGACUUUUGUCAUAGGGCAAAGGAGCUUAGAAGGGUGAUGUAGGGAAGUCGUAAGGGAUGACCUUAGAUGUUGUAUGACGGAACGAUGACUUAAUGCUUCCAUUUUUGCUUGAGAAAUGACGUAGGUGAUAGACUCACUCCUUCUUUCCAUUUUUUGAUUGAGAAAGCGUCUGGCCCAAAGAGGUCUACAGUAGUGCCUUGCGAGGUCGUAGACCCGGUAACCCAUCGUUCGCCUAAGAUCGAAAAUGCGAUGUGACAUCACUCUUCAUUCAGUUCAGUCCAUUUGCUUAACACAUGCAUGUCCAAAGAGAUGGCGAUGAUCUGUCAAAUCGAGAUUGUGUGGGUGUUCAGUGGAUCAAACCCUGUAUUAAUGGUUCUGGCAGGCUGCUGGCGUGGGACUUCUUUCGCUGGGCCCUUUGGACUCUAAAUCCUUCCGGAGUGAGUGGUUCGAUUCCACUCUCAGAACGAUCAAGUCAUUCCGAAAGAAAAUGCAAGUGAAACGAGACGAGAAUCAAAUAAAAUUGUAGGCUUAUUUCCUAAAAGCGGUGGUUCUCGCCUCCCUGUGCCGCGGGGUGGGCGACUGCGGUUCGAGUCUUUUUCGAUCGGGUAGAUCCAUACCAUAUGUUCCGGGGGGGAGACGAGGUGUAGCGCAGUCUGGUCAGCGCAUCUGUUUUGGGUACAGAGGGCCAUAGGUUCGAAUCCUGUCACCUUGAUGUGGUAUUCACAGGGGCCGAAGUGCAAAGCCCCGUAGCCUAUCCGUGGUCGGGAAGGCAGGCGAAAAGCACGCACCAAAAAAAAAGAAAGCUAUAAUUUUCUUUUUUUCUUUUCUUCUUUCGUGUUUGAAACCCAUUAUCAGGCUUUGCUUUUGAUAUUCUAUAUCUAUCUAAUAUUAUAAAGCUAUUUCACUGGUUUGAUUUACAUACCUCAGUCAUGUUAUUUGUCUAGCCUUCAAUCAGAAUAGCCUCUCCACCGGUUCCGAAGAUUCUUUCGGCAUCAAUGUGCUUUUGGAAUCUUCCUAUGAAACAAAUAACAUUCAGGAACUGUUUAGGACAGAACAGGCCGCAGAUCAGUAGAAAGCGAGCUUUUUUCGCGUAUAGCCAAGCCAACCUCGAAGCCCAAUUAGCGCACGGGCCCUCAACUCAACCCUGGCGAGUACGCUAACUUGGUCAGGGAGCAUUUAGACGGUGCAGUUAGUAUUGACCACUACCGCCAAGUCCAUAAUUCCUAAAUUGAUGAAGUACACAUAAUGGAGCUCAAAAGCCGAUUACAAAAUAUACUUUUUUAGCAUCUUGAAACCGCACAUAAUAAAUAUUAUGAAUGAAUCACCUUACAAUAACAUACGAGAGACUGCUUUCGAUUUUUUCGAACAACAAGUCGAACCCAAUGAACAAUUCCAUUCAAAGGAAUGUUCUAGAGGGGGCCCUUUUCCGCUAUAUUCGCGAUAUUGAACAAAAUGGAAGAAAUUCUUCACGAUUUCUAGAGUUCCGGGAUUACUUCACUGAUAUCGAUUUUUUCCUAAGCACGGCCUCUACUCUAGGUUAGUUCAAAGUGUAGUACAACGAACUAUCGAUACACCGAAAACGAGUAAAGAUGGGUACAUAAAAUGAAGACAUCGUGGAUUACCCAAAUUGGGACGACGAUAGGACAUUUCACUUUCUUUCGCAAUAUUUCUGAUCAUGACUCAACCACUAGGAAAGGGGAUUGCUUACUCUCAGCCACGUUUUUCGCUUAUGCUUAGUCAAGUGAGGAUUCCAUUCGAAGUAACGUAACAGGAGCACCAUCUUCAAAACUUCUCGGGAUCCGGAGUUUAUCGAGAAAAGGUCCCAUCCUUCAAUAUCAUGAUUGGGUCAACCAGGCCAGAUCAUAAGUUCAAUAGUUUGAUCGGGUCGACCAGGUCAGGCCCGAUCAUGAGUGAAUAGAAAAUCGAAAACGUACAUAGCUGUUCCAGCGGAAAUACUUUGUUUAAUUCUACCACUUCUACUAGGAGUAGCCUUUUUAGUGCUAGCUGAACGUAAAGUAAUGGCUUUUGUGCAACGUCGAAAGGGUCCUGAUGUAGUGGGAUCGUUCGGAUUGUUACAACCUCUAGCAGAUGGUUUUAAAUUGAUUCUAAAAGAACCUAUUUCACCAAGUAGUGCUAAUUUCUCCCUUUUUAGAAUGGCUCCAGUGGCUACAUUUAUGUUAAGUCUGGUCGCUUGGGCCGUUGUACCUUUUGAUUAUGGUAUGGUAUUGUCAGAUCCGAACAUAGGGCUACUUUAUUUGUUUGCCAUAUCUUCGCUAGGUGUUUAUGGAAUAAUUAUAGCAGGUUGGUCUAGUAAGACGGGGGGCGGCCGUUCGGUCGCCUAUGAUAUACGGACCAAUUGGUCAAAAAUGGGUUUGUGCCGCAGGUGUUGAACGAUCUACUCUACACAGGUGUGGGCUUACAGGGCUAGGGCUCAUAAACCCUUUCUUUCAUUGGGUCGGUCACUUUUCCGGGCCGGGAUCGAGAAGUGGAAGUCAUAAAAAUGAUCUUCGCACCCGAAAGGUAGCUUGUCAAGCUGGUCUCACUAUUGGAAUGGAAAUUCUAGCUUUCUUUUUGGCUCUUCUUCUUUGUCAACGCUACUAAGGACCUGACGGUUCGCCUACUUGAUGAAUGAAAGAACAUGAGAAAGGGUUCUAAAAGAAAAGGCGACGAAAGUAUACUACACUACACUACAGUACAGUCAAAGUCAGCGGCUGAGUGCCUCGCCUACUAUUUUUUGUAGGCGAGCGAGUUAGAGAAGAGGCUUAGGGAUAAGAGAGUGUCGGUGCGUACGUAGCCUUCAUUCUACUACGCUACACAAAGUCACUUAGCUCGACGUUAAUUAAGAGAGUAAAGGAGGAAUACCCUACAUAGAAGAACCGCUGUUCGCUUACAAAGGUAUAACCUUUCGCUCCCCGGGGCAAAGCUGCUUCGCACCACUGAUAGACGACUACUUAAUUAAGAUUCCAUUUCAAAGGCGCUACUUUGUUUCGCAAGCCUUUGUCAUUGUCAGUCAACUAAGGUUGGCCCUCGGCCCCCUGCGAAUCCGUAAAUCAGAGAGCAUGCCGCAAAAAAAAGGAUGGUCCCCUAUGCAUUGAAUUCUUUCCGGAACGAAAAGAAUUCAAGUACCUGACCCCCCAUCAUGGUGAACCUCUCCUUGUGAUCGGGAUGAGGUAGAUGCCUCCCAGCCGGGGGGCGGAUCGAAUCGGAGUUUCCUUAGGUAGCCACCGACCUACAGUUCUCCUUAAACUUCUGUGCUUGGUGGAAAAGAAGCGAACAAAGGUACGCUCGCUUGCUGUCUUGUUCUCUGCCGCGGACUGGGAUCGCUCGCCAGCUAGGCCCUCUAGAAAAAAGUUGGAGCAACAUUGUAUGAGAACAUAUUACCCAUCUUCGGGGACAAGGGGCGGAACGACCUCUCGAUCUACUUACUGCAGCCCAGGACGGGCGUCGUCGUCUAGGCGUGACUUCUUGUUUUUGAUCUCCCCUACGCCUAGGACGUUGUCUGGGCCAAGAGCCAUAGUUAGUUGCUGUUUCCAUUUGGUUCUUCUUUCUCGUUGUUGAUACCGGCAAGACCCAGCCAGAUGAUGAUGUCUGCUGGUUGGUAGUGAGAGGACUCUUAGUACCCGCAAAAAAAAGGGCGCUGGUCAUGUGAUUUAGUUUCUUGCUCUCCCUUAGCAGCGGGAAAGGAGUCUAUCUAUCUGCCUAGCUUUGGUAGAUUUCCCCCAACGCAAUUCAAAAACGGAAAUUCCACGAAUCCCUGAGGUGGAUAAGCCCGACGACUCAGCAGCAGUGCGGAAUUGAGUUUCUGGUCCGGUGGAUCUGAUCUAUUCUAUUCUGGGGCAAUACAUACCAAAAGGUUCGAAAGAAGGAAGGCGCAGUAUAUAACCAACCCGCCCAUAGCCGGUCUAACUGCUGAGAGAGAAAAGUGCUUUUCUUUCCCUAAGAGUCCUCGAGUACACACAGCUAUUGCUGAUCCUUUGCGAGAUCAGGAUGAGACCCUUCAGAAUUUCUAAUCAAUCCAUGUUAGGUCAACAUCGAGACAGAGCAUCUCAGUUGGCUCUGUCAAGGAAGUGAAACAGGCAUUCCUAGGUUGAGGUUACCAUAGGAUUGACCCUCAGUCAGGCCUCCGAUUCCAAGGAGUUGAUUCAGCAAGUUCCCCGUGCUACCCCGCGGGAAGUCUAAUCGGAUCAAUCGGUGGUUCCGUAAUGAGUAGUCGAAUACACAUUGAGGGGGCCUUGCCUCCUCCUUCCCGCCCACACCUUCAUUCUUUUCCUCCUCUGAUCUUAGAAAGCCAAGAGACUUGAAUUUAAGGCUUCAACAGUUAUAAUUAUACGAAUUCUACAUACUAAUUCGAAUUAGCCAAUAAAUUAGCUAUCAUCUUUUCAAUAUAAAUUAUUGCAAUAUCAAUGAAUUGCAAAAAUGCAAUAUUCAAUAAGUAAAAAACAAUACUCUGAAAUAACCUACUAAAAAAAAGGAUAUUAUUAAACACUAAUAAGAAAAUAAGAUUUGAUUUCUAUUCAUCUUAAUGUUUCUUAUUAUUAUAUAUGCCCCUUUGUUUAGGGGAUUCUAUGUCUAAUUAUUCCAAAAAUUGGAUUGAUUGAUACGAGUUGAUUUCCUGUUACGAUGGAUGGAAGAAAGAAUGGAUAGUCCAAUAGCUGCUUCAGCAGCCGCAAGGGCUAUAACAAAAAUGGCGAAAAUGUAGUUGUGGAAGUAGUCUUGCCCACUUUGCCUUACGCUCAUAGAGAUCUAUAAGUAUCCCUCUUGUCUAAGUAGGUAAGUACGCUCUGCCCAGUACUUUGGCAUUAAAGCCUGAGUCCUUUGACCUUCUUUCUUGAAUGUUCUGGAAUCCCAAAGUUAGAAUUGAAUGCAAAGAAAGAAAGUGAAUUCCAAGUGAAUCACGAAAGAAGCAAAGCCGUAACUCGCUUCCGCCGGCAAGUAGGCAUGAAAAGUAAACAAUGGUGACCCCUCUUGCAUCUCCUCCUUCAAAACCCUAUCCUCGAUCAAUGGUAUUGGAAUUUGAGCCCAGACAAAGCUUUUCUCCUCAGGAAUUUCAUUAAUGAAUUUUAUUAUCUUGAUAGACCGAUGAGCUAUAAUGUCUCUGGGUAGGGGGGCCCGCCUGGAUCUAUGAUCGUCAAUAUUGGGGUGCUAUCAUAAGGUGGUUAGAUCUCAACCAAGUAAAGGGCGCCCCUGAGGACGUAGACUUAAACUAGGGGGCUGAGAUUGUCUGCUGAGAAGCUCUGGAAUGAUAGAGAAGGCAAAGGAUGCUAGUACUGGACGAGUAGUAAGAAAAAAGAGUUCCUGCUGUCCAACUACCCGAUUCGUUAAAGUAGCACUGGUAAAUGCGUAGAUAGCUGUCCAACUAGUCUAUUCGAGAAAGUAAAUAGCAACGGAGACAUACUACUAGCACAGGUCGCGGGAAGGAAACCCGGGGGAGGAGGAUGAGAUAGCUUGGUGGGUUUGUUUGUAACAACUAGCAAUACUCGUUCGGUUUCAAAAGUAGAGCUAUAAGACCGGGUAAGCAAUAGGAAAGAAAUGUAGUUGUAGUAUAGUACUGUACAACACAACUAGCACAGGAAAACUAUUCGAAUCGCUUGUAACAGCAAGCCCGGAGCUAGCCUAAAAGAAUUCCAUAUCUGAGCGUUCUAGUCAUUCCUGCGAAACUAGAAGCUACUACUCGUUCCAAGGGUGGAGGAGAAGUAUCCGUCUUGUUCUUACGCCGACGAUGUCUGGUUUAUAUUUCAUAAUAGAAGAGGUGGAUUGGAUAGUUUAUAUCAUGGAGAAAUGUGCCUAUCUCUCGAUCAAAUAGUAAUCGGAUUGUAAGAAAGAAGUUAUGGUAGUUUUGACUUAGGGGCCUACUGCCUAUUAAGAACCUGGAGUGAACCUUAUUUAUUUUUGGGGAGAAAUGACUCUUGUGAAUUGUAGAAGCAAUAGCAUGUACAAAGCUAGGUUGAUCUACAAAGAUAAAGAAGAAAUAGACCUACCUUUCCAACUAUCUUUUGAAAACACUAAGCAGGGAUCAAAGCACUAUUAAUAGGUCCUCCUGAAGUAAUCCUUAACAGUUGUGAAAUAAUGGCUUUUCUAACCAACAGGUCUAUUGUUUCAGCCAGUAAUCCAACCAACAACUGAAGUUUUUCCCAUCCCAAGUCUAAAGAUAGAGAUGAACCCUCUGCUGUUCAAGAUUGGCUUAGUGUUAAAUCAUCCACUGCUCUCUUUCCUCUUGUUUUUGGUGAAUUAUCAGUGUGCAGAUGAAUUCAAUCCACUGCUAUUGAAGAAGCUUUUGGAGGCAUAUCCUCUCUUGUCUUGUCGGACUAAGAGCUCUUGUCUCUUUCUUUUCCCACGGUAACUAGAGAUUGAAUAAUAGAAGCCAGAUUCAAUAUCAUAAGAAAAUAGAGAUUGUAGCGUAGAGUCAGGCUAUCCCAUGUUAGCAAUAACAGCUUUGGGAUCUUUCCUGUUAAUGAUGAAUAGCUUGCCUCAACAGAUAAUCAGAAUUCUUUCUAUUCGCGGUAUAACAACCGGAAAACGAAUCGAUCUAGAUGCCCCACUCUUGCCUUGAAGGAAUUGAAUCAUCAACUGACUUACUUGAGGAAUAAAUCAGCUGCUUUCGAUUCUUGUCUAUCGGAUUCUAUUGAGAAGAAGGGACAACCAUCCAUCCUCCCCGAUAACGAUAAGUGGUUGUCUACUUCCUUGAAGCCCUACUUCCCUAGAGAAUUUAUUUAAGCAAGUAUUGGCGUAGGAGGUGCGAAACCACGGCAAUGCAAUGACAGAUAGGGUUUUUGGAAAGCGGGUAAGGAGGCAGGUAAGUAUUAGUCGGUGGAUAGCUGUUUUGGAAGAACACUCGGAUUAGGGGGAACCCCAAGCGCGAGCGAGGAAGUAAGAAAGUAAGAAGCUAGCAAGGGUUGUCAAACCAGCUAAGGAUGUAGCUGUCAUCAACCAGAAGCAAGUAAAGACGGGAAGCCCUCUACUCUAGUAUUUCGCUUAGGAGGGGAUGCCACCUCGGAGAGCAAGCCUGGUCUUGCAAAUGAAUUGAAAUGAAGUAGUUGUUUAUUUAAAAGCAAGGAAAGAUAGCAGUUAAGGAAUAUCGGAUCGGGUUGCUCGGGGAACAGGAUCUUAAUGAUCAAAGAAGUGAUUCAAGAAAAGUGCCGGUAAUGUAAUGGUACUCCGCGCCAUGGCUCUGGUACUUAGGAAUGAUUGGGUUGUCCCUUCACUCAGAAGAUAGGGUUGUUUCUUGCUUUGGUUGAAUCAACCCUUCACUCGGGCUAGACUCCUUCCUAUUGAUUCCCUUCUUCUAUAGACAGACCCCCGGCUAGGGCAGCAGCGUUUUAAAGAAAUACGAACAGUUUGGUUUUCAGUGAGCCCGCUUCUUAUUCUUAGUGAUAGGUUUCUAAAGUAUCUAUCGCUAUGUGCCCCUCCCCGGAAAAAAACAAAUAGGCUCGGGCAAUUAUCAGCUUAGGGACAGCAAGCGGAUAGUAGAUCUGGCUCCAUCCCUUGAAUCCGCUGUAACUGAUAGAAUCUUGUACGAGAGACCCGCAAAUAAAUAGGGAAAACCCGCUUAAAACGCUUUUUAAGUAGAAGCUGAGCCAUUACCUGCUAGCAUAUCUCCCCACCAGGACUCCCCCCAAAGCAAAGCUAAACCCGUUCUUUAAUUCAAUACCUAGAGACCCGAAAGCUCCAGUCCAAGUUGAGGCGCAGUAGGAGGGAUUUCUGUCACCAUUAUUUAUGGACCACGUAAACAUACUUUUUUAGUUUAGAUUCUUAUGCUGGACCUGCAGCCCUAGCCUGGGACACCACUGUGCGACAUAAAGAUCGGAUCAAGUUAUGAUUUUCUCAUUAAGAAAGAGUACCCGAGAAGAAUAGAUAUGAUCCGGAAACACUCUUAUUCGACGAGGCGUAGAGCGUUUUACUUUCUUCUUUACAAUUUCCUUAAUGCGCAUGAAUGAGAGAUUACAGCACUUAGUAUGAGCAUAUCGGCCUAGCUUCUUAGCCAUAAGAAUAGUUCUACCUACCAAGUCAACCCUACUCUUGCCCACAAGAAAUUAUUAUUAGAUACUCAAUUCUUCAUUGACUAGCCCCCCCAAGCAAUUACCUAUGCCCUCCCUAGCUUAUCCAUAAGAUAAGAAGAGACAUAUCUGAAUAGAUAGUAUUAGACCACUUCUCACAAGCCCAGUCAUACAUAAAGGAGGAUUUCUUAUAGGCAAAAAGAAAACACAUCUAUAUCGGCGUCAAGAGUUACCCAAGUCCGAAGUAAUGCGUCUUUCUAUCUAGUCCAACAUGCUUACCCAAGACCCAACUUCUUCACUACUUGACCUACUUUCUAUAACUCCCAGACUCUGCUUAUUAUGCCCGAAGGAGCGUAUUUAGACUGAAUAAGUAAAUAAGGCGCGGAGCGAUAGAACAUCUCUCAGUUCACUAAGGAUGAAAUACUCUUGCUAGCUUUCGAUGAAUGCCUCCAGUUUUGGAGUAGAUAUAGGCAAAAUUUAGCAAGUAACAUGGUUGCUGUCACAAUUCCUUAAUCUUCUCGGCUGGAAUCUACAAUGGGCUACGUACGCCCUUGUUUUUGAAUCACGGAAAUGCAGAGGUUUUAAUUAGUGCUUACCUGCAGUCCACCCUUUCUUUGAACCUUGUAAAUGAUCGAAUUUACAGAUAUGAACUGAGUGCCAUUUGAUGAGUAAGAUCGAACAAGGGAGAGGGAUAU